AAAACACAACACACUACAUACUGACAAGGGAUAAUAGAGUUAAAACAUCUUGAAUGACAUCUCUUCUUGACCCCAUUCAAAGACAGACGAUCCUUCUACAUAGGCCUUGGAUUCACUUGGUUUGUGAGCCAACUGCACAGGUAACAAAUAAUACAUUUGAAGAUCAUUGUAGUAUAGAUUGUGUAACCGUGGAUUACAUGGGUUUUGACGCAAGGUGGAAACAUUUCUUCUGCUCUCAAGCAGAUCCUCGUUAUACCUCAGUCAAUAUUAACCUUUCUACCCUACAUAUUUAACUACCUUUCCUCAACCAGCGAUAUGUAGUUGUGCAUGGGUUUUCUAUUGUAUUAAUAACUAGAAUGAGUUCGGUAUUUUAUUUUUUUUGUGCAAUGAAUGAGUGGAGCAAAAAAACUAUUGAAUGCUAAUCUAACUUGGAGAUAAAUUGCCUUUAUGCCAUGUGUUGAGGCAGGAGAAUUAGAAGCACCAUACUGUGCUGAUAAAUGUAACAUGAUAAAAAUAAUAUAUGAAUGAUACCAUAUUUAUGUGCCUAGCUCUAUAUAUAGAGAGAGCAAGGCACAGAAAUAUGUUAUAUAUAUAUGUCUGUAAAGGCUGAGCAAGUUUGGGUUUAUUUUAUGACUCAUUAUAUGUAUAAACAUACACAUACAUACAUACAUACAUACAUAUGGAACGCUUUGAAGUAAUACACAGAAUAUCUCCCCAGUUCAACGAAAGCUGUCUGUCUUGCUCCUCCCAUUAAUGGAAACUUAAUUUAUUACAUGUUACAGAUGUGUUUGAACUGAUAGACGGUGCUACAUGGCAUAACUCAUAAGUGUCCCUAUUUAGGUCGGACAGUCCCUAUUUGGGGCUCAAAUCACUCUUUUCUAUCCGUAUGUCACUCUUUUCUAUAAGCUCCAUAUUGUUGGUGUGUCUGAGUCUAUAACAGACCUUCACAGUCAUAAUACUUACAAUAAUGUGUCUUUAAAGUACAAUAAAUGUGUUUAGGAAUCAGUCUGUGUAAGUAAGAUAUACUGAGUUUUUUACACUACAGUUGCAUUAAUUGUUAUUAUUAUUAAGUUGCCUACAUUACUCAGAACAACCCAAUCAGCCCAUGCUACACAUCCACUCACACCCCUAAAAUGAAACUGUCCCACUUUGUUUAUUUGAAGUGUUGGGAGGUAUGCUAUGGGCCAAUCAAACUCUGCUAUGCUAGGUGGUAAAUUCUGCUACUCCUCUAUACUGACCUUUAUAUUGCGCUCACUCAUAAGAUCACUGUUAGUAAGAAGAUCUAAACACUUAAAUUCUCAAGGACAAAUGACAAACAUCUUAAAAGGAAAGGAGCUUUGUAAAAAUAGAUUGUGCAGAUUUUAAGGAAGCAAAAAUAAAACAAACAAAAAAGAAUAUAUAUUUAUUAGUAGUGGCUCUGUAAUUCCUUAAUGAAAAGUGACAUUGUAUACGGUUACUACAGUCUGGCCCUUAACCCUUAAGGACACAUGACAUGUGUGACAUGUCAUGAUUCCCUUUUAUUCCAGAAGUUUGGUCCUUAAGGGGUUAAAGUCAUUGCGGCAAAGUGGAUUGUGAACUUAUUGCAGCUGUAUUGCUAUUACAUGACGGAGACUAUCAGUUCUAGAACAGGAUCAUUAAAAUGUUAAAGUGUUAGGGAUACAUACCUUUAUUUCCCUUUCUCUAGUUAUAGAGCCCAACCCCUUUUAAAAAUAAAAAAUAAUAAAACAACUUAGCUUUAUCUAACGCCUUCGACGCAGCUUAUCUCUCCUCAUCCUGCAACAUCAUGGAGGAGGCACGGUGUCCUCCACGAUGGUCCGUUCCAAUGUAAUGUUCCUCUUAGAGGAGCAUUGGUGACCUGAUGAGCAUUUGCAGAGAGUGAAUCCAAUCUUCCCCUUAGAAAAGCAUUGAAUCAAUUGGUCAGUUACCUGCCUCUUGUGGCUGCCAUACCUAUAGAGGCACUUCCAUGAAAUUGUUGAGUAAAACUCUGCAUUGGAUUUGCUGAGAUCAUUAACAUUGAUAAUCUCAUCCAAAGAGGCGGAGCUUCAUCGAGGAGACUGGAGCUGCCAGGGAGAAAAUGUAAGUAAAAUUCACAUUUUAACCCUGAUAGCGCUUACCCGGUCAUCUAAUCAGUGAGCAGGGCACUAUAGCGUUAGGAAUACAUAUUUUUAUUCCUAAUGGUAUAGUGUUCCUUUAAAGGAACAAUGCAUCUCUAUGAUGAACGUUCAGUGUCUGCAUGCAGAGGGUGGGGACACUGAAUGGCAGCGCUGCACACUGUGGCAGGAGUGGCCAGUGGAGGUAUCCCUAGGCUGUAAUGUAAACAAUGCAAUUUGUCUGGAAAGACAGUGUUUACUACAAAAAGCUUAAAGGGGAUGAUUAUUAGACAUGUGCAAUUUGUUUCGGGCCGAAUAUGUAUUCGGACGUAUUUUGGGCAAUUCGGACAUUCGGGUACUUCCGAAUGUCCGAAUAGACGAAGUGCUGAAUUACCGAGGUCCCAAAGUUCCGAAAUUACCGAAUUUCCGAAGUGUCGACGUUUCGAAACACAGUUUUGCCUAAGUACUAAUAUACUUACCCAGUGGAAGAAGAAGAAUGUUACACUGUAUACAAUUUUAAAUAAAAAGUAUACAAACAUAGCCAGGAUUCAGCUGUAAGCAUUUGCAACACUUACAACAAUCAAUAACACACAUUCAUAUAGAAUGUAAGUAACUUAGCCUGUCAAUGUAAUGACAGGAAUGAAUAAGUAGAUAACUCCCUAAUUCCCACGGUAUUAGGGAGCUAUCUAUUAAAAAGCUGAAAGAACUAAAUUGGUAUUUCAGCCAAAUUUACUAAUACUAAGUAAACAACAUUACUUAGUAUUAGUAAAUUAUGCCCCUACUCGCUAUACCGUGUGGCUGCUCACUGUAAAAAAACAACAACAAAAAAGAACAACACGUCCCCCCUCCCCCUCCUAACCUGAAGGGGGGACCUAUUUCCCCCCCCGGCCCCCACCCCUGAAUGGCGGGUGGGGGCCCUAAAGUAAAAUAAGGGGGGGGACUUAUUGUCCUCCCCCUGACCGGUGGGUGGGGGCCCUAAAUACUAAUUAGGGGGGGACAUAAUGUCCUCCACCCUGGCCCCCACCCCUGAACGUUGGGUGGGGGCCCUAAAUAAAAAAAAAUAACCUCACUCCUGCAGUUGACUAGGGGUCACCAAACCCCUGGUCAUCCCCCUCCCCCCAAAAAUUAACCCCUACCCUCACCCUAAAAAUAAUGAGGGGGGACCAUUUAACUAAGUACCUGUAAAAAAAAUAAAAAUAAACUUACCAUUUGAUGUUUUCUUUCUUCUAAAAUCUUCCUUUUUCAGCCCCAAAAAAGGCCAAAUAAAAAGCCAUAAUAAGCGACACAAUUUAAAAAAAAAAAAAAACUAACGCAAAAAAAAUAAUCAAUUUUUACCCGGCGAGGGCUCCGUGCAGACUGAUCUCUGCAGGGACGGGGGAAGGCUAGACCAAUUUAGGUCUAUCAGCCAUGGGCAUCCGCAGGAAUUUUUCCAGGGGGGGGCAAAAUUGUAAUGACAUCCAUGCUUGGCCCCUUUUUGACAGUGUCAUGAAAGGGAAGGGGCAUAGCCAUUAUCACAUAAAGCCAGGGUGGAUAGCGUUUUCACAACUAUGGUGUAAGAAAUAUAUGUUUGUAUUCCUGACACUAUAGUGUUCCUUUAAGCAAAUUAAAGGACAUUUCUGGUCACCAUAACAACUUCACCUAAAUGAAAAUGCUAUGAUGCCAGGAAGCCCCUGGGUGCUCGCUUUCCUUUAAGGGGUUAAAUCGCUCUCAAAUGGUUUAACCCCAAAGGCUUCCUCCAGCUCCAAGUGGCUCAGUGGUAUUUGGCUUCUGAAACAGAGUGUCAGGAAGUGCAGAUUGACGUCAGGCAUGGGUGCCGCUGAUUGGCUAGAGUGGUCAGUUGACGCUCUAAGCCAAUCGCUAGUUCCCGGUUCAUAAAAUAUUUUUACUUUUUUAUGAAUGGGGAGCUACUGAUUGGCUUAGAGUGCCAGCUGACCGCUCUAGCCAAUCAGCAACACCCCUACCCAACGGCACUCUGUGCUUCCUGACACUCAGUAAAUAAAAGUGAACACAUUAACACCGAUAUUUUUUUACCUUUGGAGAUGAGAAGGUCCAGCGUUUCCCUGCCAGGCCCAGGUACCAAAGCCUUAUGAUGUGGUUUCCAGAAUAAAGUGGAGGGUUCACUUCAUUUUUCCUUCCUGCUCCAAUCUCCUUUUCCUCUCCUUCAUUUGACAGUCUUUUUUUUUCUUCUGACACUGUUUUCUAUCCUUGGCCCCUUCUGCUCUUUUACCUUUCUGCUACUUUCUGCUUAUUUUGCGCCCUUCUGCUCCUUUCUCAUUCUGAUCCCUUUCUGCUCCCUUUUCUACUUUACCUUUGUUCUCCUUGCUGUCCCUUUCUGCUCUUUCUCCUACUCUACCUUUGUGCUCCUUCUGAUUCUUUCUGCUCCUUUACCUUUGUGCUCCUUGCUGUCCCUUUGUGCUCCUUCCUGCUCCUUGCAGGCUCUUCCUGCUCAUUCUCCUACUUUAUGUUUGUGCUCCUUCUGCCCCUUCCAGCUCAUUUCUGCCCCUUUCUGCUCCUUCCUGCUCCUUGCAGGCCCUUCCUGCUCAUUCUCCUACUUUAUGUUUGUGCUCCUUCUGCCCCUUCCAGCUCAUUUCUGACCCUUUCUGCUCCUUCUACUUUACCUUUGUGCUGCUUUACCUUCCAGCUCCUUGCUGACCCUUCCUGUUCAUUUCUAUAUAUCUAUAGGCUGCUGCCCCCCCAAAACCUUCAAGCUCCUUGCUGACCCUUCCUGUUCAUUUCUAUAUAUCUAUAGGCUGCUGCCCCCCCAAAUCUAUGGGCUGCUGCCCCCCAAAUCUAUGGGCUGCUGCCCCCUAAUUUAUGGGCUGCUGCCCCCCAAAUCUAUGGGCUGCUGCCCCCAAAUCUAAAGGCUGCUGCCCCCCCAAAUCUAUAGGCUGCUGCCCCCAAAUCUAUGGGCUGCUGCCCCCCUCCCCAAAUCUAUGGGCACCCACCCCCAAAUCUAUGGGCUGCUGCCCCCAAAUCUAAAGGCUGCUGCUGCCCUCAAAUCUAUAGGCUGCUGCCCCCCCCCAAAUCUAUGGGCUGCUGCCCCCAAAUCUAAAGGCUGCUGCUGCAAAGGCUGCUGCCCCCCUAAAAUCUCCAUGGGCUGCUGCUGCCCCCCAAAUUCCAAAGGCUGCUGCCCCCAAAUCUAUGGGGCUGCCCCCCACCUCCCCUAAAUCAUGGGCUAUGCCCCCACCCAUUCGCUGCUGCUCCCCCCAAAUCUAUAGGCUGCUGCCCCCCUCUCAAACCCUCCCCCCAUCCCUCACUUACCUGGUCUGUAGGCUGUCUCUGGCUGCAUGUGUUGCUCCCCUGCGGUUUCAAUCAGCAGAGAGAAGCAGGGAUAAGAUGCAGCUUCCUAUCCCUGUCUCUGCCUGGCCUUCAAACGUAAAGCCUUCUAUCACUUUUCCGCUAUCAGCCUUUUGGUAGAUAACUCCCUAAUACAGUGGGACCAAGCGGCUGCAAGACAAGUUCCGAAAUUCCAAAGUUGCCGAAGUUCCGAAGUGUCGAAGUGCCUAAGUUACAGAACUUCCGCAGUGCCGAAGUUCCGAAGUUGCUGAAGUUCCAUAGUGUCGAAGUGCUGAAUUGCUGAAGUGCCGAAUUGCCGAAGUCCCAAAUUUCGGAAUGCCGAACCGAACCGAAAAUUUUUCCCAUGCACAUGCCUAAUGAUUAUACUCACCAGAACAAAUACAGUUAUGUUUCCAGCACAAAUUGAAAACCGAAAUGCUAAAUUUAGACACAAAGUUCUGUUUUUAAAAAAACAAACCUCUCAAUCAUCACAGCUUGGCUGUUCUUAAAUGUUGAAGUUCAGUUUUAAUUCACUGCAGUUUAUGGUUUAGUGCAGGGGUAACCAAAAGGUAGAUGCCCAGUUGUUUUGAAACUACAGCUUCCAUGAUGCGUUGUCAUUCUAAAGGCUCACUCCAGGGAGCCCGGGCGCCCUGCUGAUCCCUGCAGCUGCCGAAGGUGGGGAUGCUGAGGGGAGCCCUCUCACAGGGGGCCCAGGAGGUACCCCUGAAUCAGCUCUUACCCAGUGAGGUAGAGUAGGCACCUGGAUAGCAGGUGCCUACUCUGCCUCUAUAUACCAGAAGGGUGUGGGAGGAAAGGAUGCAGAUGAGGUAGGCUGAUCUGGCAGUUCCUCCCUCCUCCCUCGCGCGCCCUCUGUGAUGCCGGUCGCCAGAAUAUGAAGUCAUUCCGGCCUUGGCAUACUAAACAGUGUGCGGGGGGAGAAAGGAACUGUCAGAUUACAGCACAACCCCACACUGUCUAUCAGUCAGUGUGAGUGUUUGUCAGUGUGUGUGUGUGAGUCAGUGUGUGUGUGUGUGAGUCAGUGUGUGUGUGUCAGUCAGCAGGGACGUUUUAGCCGCGAGGCAAACAAGGCAUUUGCCUUGGGUGGCAUUUUCCAGGGGGCGGCAAAAAAAGCCGCCCCCAAAUGCCCAGGGCAAAUAUCUUGUUAGCCUUGCGGCUGACAUGCCGGUCGGGCUGCUGAGCUGGCAGCGCUGGCGCGGGAGCACUUUCCCCUGAGCACUCUGCUCAGCUCCCUCGCACGCCGCCCGCAGAGAGAGGCUGGGAGCUGGAAUAUGACGUUGUAUUCUGGCUCCCGGCAUCACUCUGCGGCGCACGAGGGAGCUGAGCAGACAGCUCAGGGUAAAGUGCUCCCUCACCAGCGCCGCCCGCCCAUCAGCCCGCCCGGCAGCCCCAGGGAGAGGGAGAACCCCCCCCCAGCAUUCCUAAAGGUAAGGAGGCUGGGGGAGGGGUUUAAAUUAAAAAAAAAAAGUGAGUGUUAAUGUGAGUGAGUGUGUUUGUCUGCUAGUGUGUGUGUCUGUUAGUGUGUGUCUGUUAGUGAGUGUGUUUGCCUGUUAGUGUGUGUCUGUUAGUGAGUGUGUUUGCCUGUUAGUGUGUGUCUGUUAGUGAGUGUGAGUGUGUUUGCCUGUAAGUGUGUGUCUGUUAGUGAGUGUUAGUGUGUUUGUCUGUUAGUGAGUGUGUGUCUGUUAGUGAGUGAGUUUGUGUGUGUCUGUUAGUGAGUGUGUGUGUCUGUUAGUGAGUGUGCGUGUCUGUUAGUGAGUAUGUGGGGGGAUGAGUUUUGUCCUGCCUAUGGCAGCACAAAACCAGGAUACACCACUGUCAGUCAGUGUGUGUGUCUGUCAGUGCAUUGUUAUGUGUCUGUCAGUGCAUUGUUAUGUGUCAAUGCGUGUGUGUGUCUGUCAGUGCAUGUGUGUGUCUGUCUGUCACAAAUGUAUGGGGGUGGGAGAGACAUGUGGAGGGGGUGGGUGGGAGAGACACAUAAGGGGCUUGGGUAGAAACAUGUAGGGAUUGGGGGGGGACAAGGAGAAGUGUGGAGGGGCUGGCAGAGGGAGUUGAGAUGUGUGGAGGGGCUGGUGGAGGAUGAGACACAUGGGGGGGAGGGCAGUGCAAUUUUCGCAACUGGGCUCAGUGGUAUUUAGUUACGCCUCUGCCUGGAUUAGUGUAUUUAGGCCAAGUGAGGAAAAGCCACCUAAAUGAUAGUUUUAACACAAUAGGGUCAGGAAUACAUGUUUGUGUUUCUGAGCCUAUAGUGUUCCUUUAAUAGAAGAGCUGCAGAAUCAGUUAUAGAGGGUGUAAAACUCAGUGCUGCCCCAGUUCCUCUCAAUGUCUGUGUGGGAGGUUGGACAGGAAGUGGAAGAGAUCAUUUCCCAUGUGUCCACUAACAGCCUCUCACUCAGGAAGUGUCUUGCAGGAGGUGCACACAGUUCUUAUGCUUUGCUUGCACUUAUUGUAGGGUGAGUACUUUGCAAAUAAUCCUUAAAACUCCAAAUGCCUGAACCCAAAACACCAAUUUUCUCCUAAAUUCAGCCCUAAAGUUACACUAAGCAACUCAAUACUAAAUCUAACCCCACUCUAAUACUAAACCCAAUAAUUCUAAACACGGCUAUACCACAAAUGUAACUCUCUGAAGCACUCUAAAUGCCCUUUGUAAUCCAACUCUGACGUUUACCCCUCUGGAGACACUUUUAUGACUUCUAGCUCUAUCUUUUACCCUGCAUAUCUACUGUUAUGCAUGUCCAAUAUAUGCAUUUGUAAGUUUGAAUAUAUUGUUUUUUAGACAAGGUAUUGCCAGCAAUGUACAGUGAAUUUAAUUAAAGGAACACUAUAGGGUACAUAUUACAAAGUAUUACUAACGCUGUAGUAUUUGACCACCUCUUUCAGUGUCUCUCCCCUCCCCCCGUGUGAGGGUUUGAAAGCUGAGAUUUUCUUACCUUUUAGCCUCUGCCACGCCUGUCCUGAAUAAACUCUGAGGUACCCCCUAAAUAAAAAAUGUAUUCAUUGCCUACUUAGGUUAUAUCCCCUUUUCUUCCUAUUGAAAUAGUACUCAUAAAAGUACACUCUUUAAAGCUAUUGCAAACUUUACAUACAAAAAAUAUCUGCAUAAAGAAGAGUUAAAGGGACACUCCAGGCACCCAGACCACUUCAGCUAAUUGAGGUGGUCUGGGUGCAGUGCCCCUAUUGCACUUAGUGCUGCAAUGUAAAACAUUGCAGUUCCAGAGAACUGCAAUGUUUACAUUGCAGCUCUAAGUCUGCCCCCAGUGGCUAUCUGCCAGUGGGGGCGCUUCCGGAUUCGUAACAGACUUUUGGUCUGUUAUCUGACACUGGACGUCUUCAGCUCAUUGAAGUAGUCUGGGUACACUGUCCCAGAUCCCUUAACCCUGAGCAUGUUAUUAUUGCAGUUUUUAAGAAACUGCAAUAAUUACAUGCUAAGGUUAAUUCUACCUCUGGUGGCUGUCUACCAGGCUGUUAGGUAACUUUUGGUUGCCUAACUAACGCUGGAGGUCCUCAUGCUAUGCUUCCAGUGUCACCCGAAUCCCCAUAGGAAAACAUUGAAUAAUGCUUUCCUAUCGGGAAAUCCUAAUGCGAUCACGGCCGCUGAGAGAAGCCGGACCCAAGCCAGCGCCAAAGGACAUUGGAGCUGGAUCCAGGUAAGUGACAGAAGGGUUUUUUAACCCCUUCUGCACCAUAGGGGGGCCUUGAUGGAGGUGGAAGCUAUAGUGCCAGGAAAAAGAGUUUCCUGGCACUAUAGUUUCCCAUUAAGUAGACAAUGCUUUUCAAUGAGAAGCAUUUGGUUGGACAAAAUGGUAAUCGAGCCAUGGUCAUGACCUCAACGUAGGUGUUCUGGGCUGCACAGAAAAGGCUGUCUUGGCGCUGGAUAGCUUUCAAGUAACAGGUAAAAGGAACACUAUAGUCACCUAAAUUACUUUAGCUAAAUAAAGCAGUUUUAGUGUAUAGAUCAUUCCCCUACAAUUUCACUGCUCAAUUCACUGUCAUUUAGGAGUUAAAUCACUUUGUUUAUGUUUAUGCAGCCCUAGCCACACCUCCCCUGGCUAUGAUUGACAGAGCCUGCAUGAAAAAAAAAACUGGUUUCACUUUCAAACAGAUAUAAUUUACCUUAAAUAAUUGUAUCUCAAUCUCUAAAUUGAACUUUAAUCACAUACAGGGCUCUGCAGGGUCUAGCAAGCUAUUAACAUAGCAGGGGAUAAGAAAAUCUUAAUUAAACAGAACUUGCAAUAAAGAAAGCCUAAAUAGGGCUCUCUUUACAGGAAGUGUUUAUGGAAGGCUGUGCAAGUCACAUGCAGGGAGGUGUGACUAGGGUUCAUAAACAAAGGGAUUUAACUCCUAAAUGGCAGAGGACUGAGCAGUGAGGCUGCAGGGGCAUGUUCUAUACACCAAAACUGCUUCAUUAAGCUAAAGUUGUUCAGGUGACUAUAGUGUCCCUUUAAUGUAAUGCUUUUUUGUAGCGAAAAAUUUGGGACCAAAGAAAAUUAAAAAUUGCUUUAAUGUCUGAAACAAGGCCAUCACUCUUAAAGGGAACCUGUCAUGCACAAAACUUGCGAGGAAAAGUUCUGGUAGAUUACGAAAAAUAUAUUCAUACUUACUAUAACAUUUUCCUGAUUAGAUCCAUAGGAGCAUUCAUGUUUAGCUAUUAACAUUAGGAAUUUACUUAUGAGAGAAAGCAUCAUAAGAAAACAAUAAUGUGUGAUGAAGGUAUUCGUUUAACACCGUGCUGCACCCAACAAAAGCUCUCGACUAGCAAAUUAGCUGCUGCCAUCCAGUAAGAGAAGAACUGUAGUCCCAACUAUCACUGGACUUUCUUGAAUCUCAUAGGCAAGAGAGAUGGCAGCACAUAUAUGGCCAUAUACCAGACUGCUCAACUGUCCCGCUUUUGGCAGAAUAGUCCCUAUUUUGGGGUCUUGUUUCACCAUCCCAAUUUAGUUUCUUGUCAUUGGGCAGCACAGUGUGAGCACAUCAUUAAAUGCUCUCAUGCUGUGUGGCAGACAGUAGUACCAUGCAGCGAGUUUUUCAGCAAUUUUGUCCGCAUAAACCUGUAUGUAAGGGGCCACCUGUCCCAAUUCCAUGCUUCUCAAUGCUGGGAGGUAUGAAAUACUGAGGAAAAGAAAGGUGGAACAGCUUAUAUCCAUUAUGAAGAAUUGCAUUUUUAAAAGUUGUUGAUAAUGUUGAAAUACCAAAUAUGGCCUAUAUGGGUGUAAGACCAUAUUUAAGGCAUAUAAUUGUUUUACUACACCACAAUCUAAUUUAUUGAACAAAGAUUAAAAAUUAGGACUUCUGAAUGGCGACCUAAAUCAGCUUCUGAAUGGCGACCUUCAUGGCAAGAGCUACUGGUAUUACAAAUCCAAGCUCUGAGUAGUACCGGUAAUUUAUAAAACCUCUUGCAGUGAGGUGAGAAGGGGAAAUCCUACAUGAUGAGAGGGUAGCCAAGAUUAAAUUUGCUGGAGAGAGAUCUGGAAAAGUCACCAAGCCCUUAGUAUGAGAGUCCCAAUAAAAUGGUAAAGUGAGGCUGUAGAAUAUGACAUCGUAGAACCCAUUAAAGUCCUGGUAUCCAGUUUAUUGGUGUAAUUUUGUGUGGUAAGAGUAGCCAAGACUCUCCUGAUGUAGAAAGUCAGUUAGGGAGCAUAAGGGAGAUAACUGAUUUGAAAAUUACAAAAAUAUUAAAAGACAGGCCCUUUUUAUUUGAAAGGUCAUGUGGUAUUUACUUAAUAAGAUGGCCCGCAUUGGAGGCACUACAUGGCAAUUCUGUACUACACAAAUACACCCCCACACAGAAAUUAACAUCCAAGGAGAUGGGGUUCCAGUAUAAAUAGAUUUCCUCCAAUCUAUUUGUUUCAGUGUAUUCCAAAAGAGCUUUCGAAAAAAAGCGAGCUGCUAACGUGUAAAGCUGCUAGUGUCCAUACUUUUUAUGCUGCCUUCAUAAUAAUUUUGUGGUUUGGCUGGAUGCUUUUUAAAUGAUUCCAAUAAACUAGAUGUUAUACUGAAGAACGUCACAAUGUUGGCUUGAUGAUUGCCUUCAAUGAUUCUGUUAGUAAAUACAGAAAAGCUUAUACACAUACUUGGACACUCAUGCGUAUCGCCAAAUAAUGGCAUGUAUGCAAUCAGAACGGGUGGGUAGUCCUUCUAGGGAUGUCACCAGUGACAACUUGUCAGCUGAAAUUGGGACGGUUAAGAGCCCUGUUCAUGCACACACACACACAUACACAGGUAGGUUUAUUUAUGAACAGACAUUCAGCUAAUGGCAGCUGUGCAAUUGCAUACAAACAUAGGUAGGAAAUGUUCAGAUAAAGGUAUAAAUCCCAUCUGGCCCUAUUUAGGAGGGAUUGUCCGUAUUUGAUCUCAAAUCCCCGUGUCCCUCUUUUCUAUCCUAAUGUCCCUUUUUUCCCUUUGAGUGUAUAAACACUUACAUAUCUUUCAAAUUCUGAUACAUUUGUUUAGAAAACAGUCUGUAUAAAUAAGAUACAUUGUACUUUAAACAACAUUUAGUUUGUAUUUUUUUGCAUUUAUAUUUUUUCAGAACAGCCCAACCCCUAGCUGCACCCCCAGUUAUACCCCUAAAAUUACAAUGUCCCGGUUUGUCCAUUUAAAAUGUUGGGGGUAUGUCAGAGGCUUAUAGACUGUGUGUAUAUAUGCAAGUAUUUGUACAUGCAAAGGAAGCAUAGUACCCCUGUAACAUAGUUCAGUAUAGGGGUGGAUUUUUACUGUUGCAGAUUUUUUGGGCAAAUGCAGGAAGACAGGGCUCUCCCAUAUCAUCCAUUGUUCACUGGGAAGAUUACCAGUUGUAGUAGCGCUUUGAAAAGUGCAAGCUCAUGUUUGGUUUUAGCCUGUUGUGAACUGAUAAGACAUCGAAGGGAAACAUGCUUGCUUUAAAUGGCAUUAAGACUUUAUGAGUGACAAACAAUGACUAUAUGUCCUCCUCGUCUGUGCUCUCUAAAGGUGAGUUACACUGUUUUGUUCUGCCAGGUUCUCAGCUUGGCCAAAUAAAGUUAGAAAAUGUUAAGCAUAGUAUGUGUUCUAGCUCUGACAGCUUUUAAAAUAAAAUUAACAAAAAAGUGCUUAUAUAGAUAACAGGGGAUUUGGGGAUGCCUAUGGUAUAAGGAUGUUUAUUUUGCCAAAGGUAACGUGGAAUUUGAUGAUUAGGAUGAUAAAUAUAGCAGAAAAGGGUUUUUUAAAUGUGUUUUUAUCUUCUGUCCUUCCAGACGUCUCUUCUUCUUAUUAUUUGGCUCUUUCAGUAAAUUAUGGUGUAGUUAUACACUGCAGCACAGGUUUAGCUAUGGUUACAGCAUUUAUGUUUGUGCUCUUGGGAUUGAAUAUCCUUCAAUAAAAGUGUGUUUUGAAAUAGGUUUUAACUUCUUUGAUUUGCCUGGCUUUCACAAUUUAACCCCUUAAGGACACAUGACAUGUGUGACAUGUCAUGAUUCCCUUUUAUUCCAGAAGUUUGGUCCUUAAGGGGUUAAAGUCAUUGCGGCAAAGUGGAUUGUGAACUUAUUGCAGCUGUAUUGCUAUUACAUGACUGAGACUAUCAGUUCUAGAACAGGAUCCUUAAAAUGUUAAAGUGUUAGGGAUACAUACCUUUAUUUUCCCUUUCUCUAGUUAUAGAGCCCAACCCCUUUUAAAAAUAAAAAAUAAUAAAACAACUUAGCUUUAUCUAACGCCUUCGACGCAGCUUAUCUCUCCUCAUCCUGCAACAUCAUGGAGGAGGCAUGGUGUUCUCCACGAUGGUCCGUUCCAAUGUAAUGUUCCUCUUAGAGGAGCAUUGGUGACCUGAUGAGCAUUUGCAGAGAGUGAAUCCAAUCUUCCCCUUAGAAAAGCAUUGAAUCAAUUGGUCAGUUAACCUGCCUCUUGUGGCUGCCAUACCAAUAGAGGCACUUCCAUGAAAUUGUUGAGUAAAAGGGAGACCAUCUGAUUGGUGCAGCAUGGCAAUUUGCUACCUAUGCGCAUUCGCUUCUCAAUGAGAAAGCAUUGGAUUUGCUGAAAUCAUUAACAUUGAUAAUCUCAUCCACACUAACACUCAUCGAGGAGACUGGAGCUGCCAGGGAGAAAAUGUAAGUAAAAUUCACCUUUUAACCCGGAUAGCCCUGACCCAGUCAUCUAAUCAGUGAGCAGGGCACUAUAGCGUUAGGAAUACAUAUUUGUAUUCCUAAUGGUAUAGUGUUCCUUUAAAGAAAUCAAUGCAACUUUAUGAUGAACGUUCAGUGUCUGCAUGCUGAGGGUGCGGACACUGAAUGGGCAAUGCUGCACACUGUGCAGCACUGCCCCAGGAAGCAGCCAUCUGAGGAGUGGCCAGUGGAGGUAUCCCUAGGCUGUAAUGUAAACAAUGCAAUUUGUCUGGAAAGACAGUGUUUACUACAAAAAGCUUGAAGGGGAUGAUUAUUAGACAUUUGCAAUUCGUUUCGGGCCAAAUAUGUAUUCGGACGAGUUUCUGGCAAUUCGGACAUUCGGGUACUUCCGAAUGUCCGAAUAGCCGAAGUUCCGAAAUUACAGAAUUUCCGAAGUGCUGAAGUUCCGAAGCUCAGAAGCUCAGUUUUGCCUAAGUACUAAUAUACUUACCCAGUGGAAGAAGAAGAAUGUUACACUGUAUACAAUUUUAAAUAAAAAGUAUACAAACAUAGCCAGGAUUCAGCUGUAAGCAUUUGCAACACUUACAACAAUCAAGUAACACACAUUCAUAUAAAAUGUAAGUUACUUAGCCUGUCAAUGUGAUGACAGGAAUGAAUAAGUAGAUAACUCCCUAAUUCCCACGGUAUUAGGGAGCUAUCUACUAAAAGGCCAAAAGACCUAAAUUGGCCAAAUUUACUAAUACUAAAUAAACAACAUUACUUAGUAUUAGUAAAUUAUGCCCCUGGCUGCUCACUGUAAAAAAACAACAACAAAAAAGAACAACAACACUCCCUCCUAACCUAAAGGGGGGACCUAUUGGCCCCCCCCCCGGCCUCCACCCUGAAUGGCGGGUGGGGGCCCUAAAGUAAAAUAAGGGGGGGAGACCUAUUGUCCUCUCUCCAGGCCCCCACCCAUGAGCGGUGGGUGGGGGCCCUAAAUCAGAAUGGGGGGGGACCUAAUGUCCUCCCCCCUGGCCCCACCCCUGAGCGGUGGGUGGGGGCCCUAAAUUUAGAAUGAGGGGGGGGAGUACCUAAUCUCCCUUGGGUGCAGUGGGACCUUUCCCUGGGGUCUAGUGUGGUGCUGCUUGAAUCUUCUUGUUCUUCCUCACUGCUACCUCGCACGCCGUUUGUGACACUCAGUCACACUUACUUAUGUGUGUAUAUACAUGUUUGUAUUCCUAAAGCUAGAGUAUCCCUUUAAAUCUCCAUUUCUAGCACCUUACUGUUAUUGGAAAUCCGGGCAGGAUAACAGGCUGGAUUUGGACAGGGACAGUACACCCAGACUAGUGGUGUAUCCUGGUUUUGUGCUGCCAUAUGCAGGACAAAACUCAGGCACCACCCCACCCUUCCCCCCUGCCCCGCCUUCUAAAUACACACACAUUCACUAACAGACACGCAUACACGAGCUAACAGACAUACACACUAACAGACACAUACAGUCACUAGCAAACACACACUAACACACUCACAGUGACACACACACUCAGACUAACACUAACAUACACACUCACUCGCUCACAUUCACUUGCAUUUUUUUUUUUAAAUUCAACCCCCCUUACCUUUGGGAAUGCUGGGGGGGUCCCCUUUCCCUGGGGGUCCAGUAGCUGCUGGGUGGCUCUGGCGAUGGAGCACUUUUCCCUAAGCUGUCUGCUCAGCUCCCUCGCGCGCCGCAGAGUGAUGCUGGGAGCCGGAAUAUGACAGCACAUUGCGGCGCGCGAGGGAGCUGAGCAGACAGCUCAGGGGAAAGUGCUCCCUCGUCAGCGCCGCCUGCCUGCCUGCCUGCCUGGACUGUUAGCUGCAAGGCUAACAAGGCAUUUGCCCUGGGCAUUUGGGGGUGUUUUUUUUUUGCCGUCCCCUGGAAAAUGCCGCCCAAGGCUGACCCAGACCACUUUAAUGGGAUGAAGUGAUCUGGGUGUCUAUAGUGUCCAUUUAAAGUUUGACUACUUUAGCCUAAAAUUUGAAAUGUGCUUUGAAUUCACUUUGAGUUCUCACUAUAGUGAAUAAUCAUUUGUGUGUAUGUGAGAAAGAGAGACUCACUCAGUCAUGGGCAGCUUAUCUAUAUCUUAUGGGGUUAGCAUGAUAUGUGUACUGAUAUCUGACACAAAAGUAAGUAAGAAAUGAUUCCAACUGUUUGAUUGACAGGCCAGGGAGGUUGUCUUACAAACAGAAAAAAAGGUGAAUGGUAGGCCAGGGAGGUGGACUUAAAAACAGAAAAAAAUGUGUGUUGAUAUGGUCCUUGCACCAUGAGUAAAAUUAAAUGCCUAUGGUGCUUGGUUUUUGUCAUAUUCGUACUAGGUAGCUCUACGAGACCUUACUGUUCUGAACUGCAGUCUAGCCUGAGAUCUUGCAGCAAGAUAUUCCUUAGUAAACACAGGCCAAUGUGUGUGUUACAUAAACAGUCUGGCUAAGUUUCCUGAACCUGUGACAAGAGGAGACAUGCAUCUGUCACACCUACCUGUCAACAGCCUAUCAUCAUUCACACAAAAAAACACAAGACCUUCCCCCCAAAAAAACACAUAUCUGUUAUGUUCCCCAGGAUUCACAAGCAGCGAGAUAACUGGUUAGUAAUAUUUUUGUUGGUUUUCUUCAUUAAAACUGAUGCCUUGAUCCUUAGAAGUGAGAUCACGUACAUCUUUUUUGUUACAUAUUUCAUUCAUAGAUCUCUCGAAGAGGCUGUUGCAUUAGAGUACGGGAUGUCUUUAUUUACAAUACUAUGGUGAACGGAAGCUGUCUGACCAGUUUUCCUUGUUUUGGUUGUUGAUAGAAAAAGAGAUCAGACAUGAUAAUGCAGGUGCUACUCCGUUACUGCUCUUAACCCCUUAAGGACACAUGACAUGUGUGACAUGUCAUGAUUCCCUGUUAUUCCAGAAAUUGGUCCUUAAGUAUUGUUCAUCACAAUCUCUUAGGGAUUUGUUUACUAAGUAAUGAGCAAAACGUGGAGAACUUGCAAAGGAAUAUCUAUAAUAAUCAAGCUUGAAAAAUAGCUUAGCUGGAGAAUUUUUCCAUUUUGAUUACUUUAGUCUAGAAUUUGCAAUUAUCUUAUCAAUUCUUAAUACUACUUCCCAAAGAAUAGUAUCCUCUGUGUUCUUAGCUGCCUUGUUUUCUCUUCCACAUAUAACAGUGAUGAUGAGAAAUUACAAUGUUUGUUUUUAUAGAAUGAGAUCUCAGCAAUCUGUUUUAAAUAGAUAUCGCUUAUUAGAGAGAAACUGCGUAAAAUGAUAUAGUGCUAGAAAUUUAAUUAUGCAAUUAAAUAUCAAAUUUAAAUUAUAUAAUAUUUCUGCAUAAUGUCUACAGUGAACAAUACAUUUGAAGUCUGAUUGCAUUAUAUUUUAGAAAAAGCUCAAGACUAUUUUACCCAAAGAAAGAAGAAAAAAUAUUCACUUAAGAGUUAUGAGUUUGAUUUUCUUUUUCUACAAAAGCUAUGGUGUCAUUAAAUUAUAUACAGUAUAUUACUGCAGAAAUAUAUACUUAUAAUGCCCCCAAUGUGCCUUGAAUGUGUUGGAACAGAGCAAAAACAUAGCUGGAAAGUAAUAGAAUGGAAAAGUUAGCACUUAAAGGCAUACUAUAGUGCCAGUAAUACAAAGCUGUAUUACUGGCAAUAUAGCUCCCUCUGCCUCCUCCUCCUCGUGCCCUCCCAUCGGCACAAUGAAAAAGGGCUGAAAACCGCUUAUUACUUACCCGAUCCCAGCACUGAUGUCCCUCGGCGCUGGGUCGCGGCUCCGCCUCCUUUGACAUCGCUUGAUGAGGGGUGUGCUAAUGUGCAAGUAGCGCUUGCCGCAUGCGCAUUAGGCCCUCCACAUAGGAAAGCAAUGCUUUCCUGUGGGGAAAUAGCUAACACUGGAUGUCUUCAUGCAGAGCGUGAGGACAUCCAACGCCAGUUAGCGAACCAAAAGUCCGGUAACAUUACGUAAGUGCCUCUAGUAGUUGUCUGUUUGACAGCCACUAGAGGCUGUCUUAGUGCUGCAAUGUAAACAUUGCAGUUUCUCCAAAACUCUAUUGUUUUACAUUGCAGCACUAGUGCAAUAUGGACACUGUCCUCAGACCACUUCAAUGAGCUGAAGUGAGCCUAUAGUGUCCCUUUAACCAAUAUUACAUUAUUAGAAUUAUUAAAAUUAUUUCAGAAUUCUUUUCAGAAUGUUAUAGUAUGUUGAAUACAUACACAUACAUUUAAAUCUUGGCCUAGUACUGCUUUGGGAUUUUUCCAUAAAGUGCUUCUUCAGAUGCUUAUAUCAAUAGCAGUUAUAGUUUUUUAAAAAGGCAUUUGCGUAUAACUAGCCUAAUGAACUACUGCCUGCUGUGCUUUAUUGUAAAUGUCAAUAACUAUGCCAUUAAUUUAAGAAGCCAAUCUAGAGUAGUGGGAUAUCAUUAGCGCUGACUACAGUGGGAUAAAUAUAUAAUAAAUAUCAGUGAUCUACAAUUAUUCAGAAGACUAUGAUUUUAGAAAACUGCACAUCCUGCUAUGAAACUGGCACUCACAUAUCAACACGCUUUAUAUGUUUCCUUUCUUAGGUGGACACUGAAUGGUGAGUCCAAAUGUAAAUGGUGUAAGAAUAGACGUAUUUUCUUCUGUGAUACCAGCUAUGCUUGCUAAAGCUACAAUGUCACCCAUAAACCAAAAACAUUUCCAAGAAAGCUUUGAGGACAAACAUGAAAGGAGGUUGGAAUACCAUGAAGCCUUGCGAAGCCGUCAUAAUGCUACCUCAUGCCGCCAGAACAGUCCAGACUGGGGACGCGACCAAGAGAAGUUGCAAACAUCCCCACGUCAACAGGAAUUGUUCAGGAGGAGACAACUCUACGCUGAGAAUACUGGAGAUAAAUGUAUAAAGUCUCCUCCCAAAUACCAAAAAUACAGUAAAUGUUCUCCUGUAAGACUAAGUGUAGAAAACCAGAUCAAAAAGGAAGAAGUGUCACCAAACAAUAAGGUAAUUUUUAUUACAACUAGUCCUCGGACCACUCAAAGUCCAGGGUCACUGUACAUCCUCAAAGACGUGAGUACAGUCUUUGCAUGUGGCUGCUAUAUAGUCCUCAGUUCAAAGCAAGGAGGUAAUAGAGAUAGGUAUGUGCAAUAAUGUAAUACAUUUACCAACAAGAUGCUGCAAUGGUGCUAUCAGAUGUUCUUAUGAAUACCAGCAUUAGUAAGAUGCAUAGCAUUGUCUGCCUUAGUGUUUUAGUUAAAUAUAUAACUGUUUCAGCAAUUCACAGUAUAUUCAUACAGCAUAGUGUUAGGUGGAGUCGAGAUUCUGAUCCCAACUCCAGAGACCUUAAUGGGAAUCUCUAUGGCCCACAGAGUAACCUCAGUCUAGUUGUAAGAUGGUCCAUCACCUCUAUAUUAGUCCAUAGGAUAGAAGGAUAUGAGCAAUAGGGGUUACCCAAAUAUCCCACCACACUUCAUGCACAGCAUUGAUUCAAAGAAAACAACUGCUCUAAGAUGUGUGAUUGAGCUUUUGUCUUCUUUUCGAAAUACACUAAAAUUUGCUUUUGCUUAUUGCUCGUUUAACCCCCUUAAGGACCAAACUUCUGCAAUAAAAGGGAAUUAUGACAUGUCACACAUGUCAUGUGUCCUUAAGGGGUUAAAUAUGAGGCUGAUGGCUAAAGCUGUAAUAGAUUUCAAUGUUACCAUGGGGUUAAUAUGUUUGACAAAGAAUUCUGAAAUAAAUAUGUGAUUUCACCCCUACAGAUCUCCUGGCAUCAUAAUCACUCCAGUAGCUCCCCUAGAAACCCUGCAGGUAUUCGACCAGAUAUGAUGAAUAAUAGUUUUCAAUGGGAACCUUCAUCCAGAGGGAUAAACACACAGAAUGUAUCAACAAGAGAGAGAGGUGAGAAAAAACACUUUCAAAUAAGCUAUACAUAAACAGGGUUAUUCAAAGUGAAUUAAAUCUCACUCCAGUAAAUAAUCCUGAUAUUACUGUUCUGCUGUGGAAUUCCUUUCGAUCGGUAUGCUGUGUGUUUAAACCCAGCAUAGUCACUGCUCUAUCUUGUGAGGUUACUGAUACAUAGUUUUACUGUUGAUGUGAACUAUUGUAUAGUCUAGAACAGGGGUAGGAAACCAUUGGCACUUCAGAUGUUAAGAUGUUGUGGACAACAUCUGCCAUAAUGCUCUUACAGUCACCCUGGCACAUCAUCAUGGGAGAUGUGGUCCACUACAUCUGGGGUACUAAAGAUUGCCUGGUCUGGUCUAGAACAUAGAACCCACAGCAGUUUAAUAUAGAACUUAUAACGAUCUUCUUUUUCUUUUAAGCUGUUUUCAAGUAGUUUGAUGAAGAUGGAAAUAUUUUGCCAUCUAAAGCCCAGUCCUCCAUUUAUCCUCACAUAACCUUCCAAAAUCCAUCCAGCCUUGGGUGACAAUAACAAGCUACAAGCACAGGGGAGGUUUGCCCAGAGAUGGAUUACUGCAGUUUGGUUCUUUGGCUUUUAUGCAAGCCUUUACAUUCUGUAAUUAUACGUUUGCAGUGUUGGCUUACGGUGUCUUUUAGUAAUUGAUAUAAAAUCUUAAUGCUUACUUACAAAGUUCUCUGUUACUGUGCCCCAAUCUAUAUAUCCUCACUAAUAAGAAGUGUGUCUAUACCAAACCUAUCCACAAUGCCAGCAACCCAUGUCUGGCCUCACGUUUGACUUAUUGCCCAUGAUUUACCAGGCGCUGCUCCCUGCCUCCACCAAAGACUCAGAAAUUCCAAAAUUCUGUUAGCACUCCUGGGCUAAGCCCUGCAAUGCUAGGGUCCUGGGGAACAGUGUGUUGGAGCACUGCUGGCAACAUAACCAUUACAGCAUGGUGCUAAAAGUGUUCCACCUUCUUCUCUGGAUGUCACAAAACAAGGAGCAUAUGUAAAGUGUUGCGUUCAUUUUAAUUUGACCCUUUGUAUAAGUACAUUGAAGCCAUUUUACAGCUAUUUCUGCCUUUUAUUCCUUUUUGUAUCUUUUUGUGCCUUGUUUUUUAUUCAUUUGAAUGCAAGCAGCUGUUUGAUUAAACAGAAAACACACACACAUUUCCAAAAUAGUCAUAUUAUAGCAUAAAAAGGACAUUCACAAGAAUUUUUGUAUACAUUGACCAAAAUAAUUAAGAAUAUAAAAAGUCUGCCAAACUGGUGUUGGUACAAACAUAUGUUGUAAAGAAAUUAAGUCUACACCGAUUUAUUUAUUUUUUGGUUUUUUUAUGUGCUGAAAGAGACAAAUUUGUAACCAGAAAAAAAUAUUAUAAUAAAAAUUGACGUAUCAAAAAAUGACAGGAAAGAUAAGGAACAGUUUGGCUUCAAUAAGGGAAUAAAUAGGAGUGAAAAGGAAAAGCACAAAAAAAAAAAAAAAAAAACAUAUAAAAAGUGAAUCCUAUUCUUUGCAUACUUUAUAAAGCAGUACAUCUAGUAGUUAGUCUUUCUUCUGGGAAAACCACACUUUUAACUUGCCUACACUGUAACUGCAGUAACAUGUUUCCCUAUUUCAUUUAGAAAAGUUGUGCAAAUAUGUGAGAGGGUAGAAGUCACCAGUGAAAUUAGCCUACUGGUCCAAUGGUUUCUAUAAUGAUUGCCCCACUUUUAGUGCUUGCACCAUUUUUUCAGAACAUAACACUUUAAGAAAGUCUCCCAGAGUGCUUCAUAUGAGUGAAGAUACAAGAUAUAAACAUCCAGGAUACGCCUGUUAAAUUAUAGGCAGUUCAUUUCGGCUUACAGGCACGUGAACUGAUGUUUGAAAAUAAGAUUGGGCAAAAUGAAUGGAAUUAAAAAUUUUCUAAUUUCUAAAAGGGAAUAUAAAUAUAUAAAAAUAUGUUGUUGUGUUAUUCACAGGUGUUCAGACUGUACAGGACCCACCAACACUGUGUAUUAAAAGGGAGUCGAGUCAGCAGACUGAGUAAGUACAGCUAGAAAAUACAGGCCGAUGUUAUCAGUGUCCUAAGGGAGUAUAGACUUCUCAAGUAAAUGCAAAAAAAUGAAAGGUAAUCUUUUGGCACUAUAAUUAUUUAAUCUCAUUGAAUUGGUAAGAGUGCUUGCAGCCCCCUGGCGCUACCCGUCCAUUCAGUAUUAACUAUUUUCAAGCGGUAGAACCUGCCUGUCAUUUUUAGAUGUUUUAAAAGCAGAUUUCCUGGUAAAUUACUCUUGUAUGUAGAACAUAGAACAACAGCUAUCUGCUGGCCUAUUCAUUGCCAGCACUUUACAAGAUCAUCCGCUAAAAAUGUUUUUUACAUGCAGCAGCAUCAUAAGAAUAUAUAUAUAUAUAUAUAUAUAUAUAUAUAUAUAUAUAUAUAUAUAUAUAUAUAUAUAUUGAAUUUACAAUCUACAGUGUGCUGUCAAAAUUCUGAUUUAAUUAACUCUUUUAAAAAAGUAGGAUUAAGUACUGCAAUAAGGGCAUGUAAAAGGUUGAUCUAAGCAUAUUUGUGUGCAGAACAUUGCAUUAGGGUGCGCAGCCAGAAUUUUUUUUACUAUUUAACCCCUUAAGGACAUGUGACAUGUCAUAAUUCCCUUUUAUUCCAGAAGUUUGGUCCUUAAGGGGUUAAAGGGACACUAUAGUCACCUGAACAACUUUAGCUUAAUGAAGCAGUUUUGGUGUAUAGAACAUGCCCCUGCAGCCUCACUGCUCAAUCCUCUGCCAUUUAGGAGUUAAAUCCCUUUGUUUAUGAACCCUAGUCACACCUCCCUGCAUGUGACUUGCACAGCCUUCCAUAAACACUUCCUGUAAAGAGAGCCCUAUUUAGGCUUUCUUUAUUGCAAGUUCUGUUUAAUUAGGAUUUUCUUAUCCCCUGCUAUGUUAAUAGCUUGCUAGACCCCGCAAGAGCCUCCUGUAUGUGAUUAAAGUUCAAUUUAGAGAUUGAGAUACAAUUAUUUAAGGUAAAUUACAUCUGUUUGAAAGUGAAACCAGUUUUUUUUUCAUGCAGGCUCUGUCAAUCAUAGCCAGGGGAGGUGUGGCUAGGGCUGCAUAAACAGAAACAAAGUGAUUUAACUCCUAAAUGACAGUGAAUUGAGCAGUGAAAUCGCAGGGGAAUGAUCUAUACACUAAAACUGCUUUAUUUAGCUAAAGUAAUUUAGGUGACUAUAGUGUUCCUUUAAUCUUUACUCUAAAUAUUGUAACCAGUUGUAUUCAAGGAUAGUCAUGGUUUUUUAUUUUAUUUUUUUUUCCCCAAGUUCCCCAAAACCCAUGGAAAAGUUCCCUUAGCAACCAAAACAGGAGACAAGGAUUAGGGGGUUGCUUAUGCACACCUAACACACGCGUAGGGACAUAAGUCAUUUUUUUAAAUCCGUAAUUACAAAGUUUCUAUAAUGCCAAAUUAAGUGCUACCAAAAUUAAUUUGUGUGAGAUAGAAUUUCUACCCUGAUGAAUUAACAGUGUGUUAAUUUUUAAUGUUUUACAGUAGUUCAGUGACUGUUUUAAAUGGGGUAAGUAUUGCAUUUAGAUUCAUAUACAUCUUUAUAUUUUUUAGAAUAUGUUUUGCCAGGAAGAAUAUAUUAAUAGUUCAUUACUUUUCAAGUGUAUCUUGAUGGCAAGAUCAGAAAGUCAUAUAAUGGCAGAUUUACAUCAAGUAUAUAUGUUCUCUUAAAUCUGUGUAAUGCCAAUCAGCUCUAAAGAAUGAACUACGUUUAGAUGCAGAAAAUUAGAAAGGUAUUUGUAGUAUUGUCUGUAUCUAUGGCCUGUCUGGUGUGUUGUAAUGUGCAUGGGCUGUCUUUGAUGUUCAAUGUGUAUAUGUAGGUUGCUCAUAGUACUGUAUGUGUGGCAUGAGCUUUUUGUAACAUUGUGGGAGGGGGCUGCUUGUGAUAUGUAUGUGUGGUCUAUCUGUAGUGUUUUCUUGGAAUUGUGUGUAGGGGAGAUAUCUGCAGGUGUGUUUUUUUAUUUUUUUUAUUAACUAUAGCUUUUGCCAGGUUUGUGGUUUUCACCUUUGACGGGUGCAGAUCUCUUCUGUCUCCAUUCUGGCGCUUUUACAAUCAGAUGGAGUGUUGCCAUGGUAACCCCCGGCUAUUCUCUGCAUUCCCAGGAAGUGUGAGGGAGAGUUCUAGUGGUGCUCCAUCACCUGUCUGUGGUGUCUGCACACGCCUCUAUUGCGCUCACAUUGAGCUGGGGAAAUCAUCAUUUAGCUGAAUGGCAGUGAGAUUCAUUUGAAAAAUUCUCUGAAUUGCAAAUUAAAUGUCACCAAAUAUCCCUGUUGCAAGAAAAGUUAAUGUACGAGUAGGUUUUGUAGAGGGAUUUAAGAUUUCAGAUCAAAUUACUCGUUUAUACCAGGGAAGUUUGAUCCACUUAAAGGAAUACUGUAGUGCCAGGAAUACAAAGCUGAAUUGAAUUUACCGGGGAGGAGGGCCUCCCCCCUCCCUUGCGCACUCCUCCUCGCGCCUGUUACAAUUCCAGAAGCGCCCCCCAGUGGCUGUCUGGUAGACAGCCACUGUGGGCAGACUUAGAGCUGCAAUGUAAACAUUUACCCAGGUGCUGCAAUAGGGGAUGUUUGUAUAUGAAAACAUAUUCUUAAAUAUUCCACUCCUGCCACUUCACAAAGAGAUGAAGCUGUGAAUGAAGUACUGAUCACUAGAGAUGCUCUAUCACAGCACUCACUGUGACAUUUAUAUUAAAUUGCAAUUUUUAUUUAUUUGUUUUUGCAAGACAUGAACUGGAGCCUCAGUCUAUAAUGAUAAUUCUCUCCAUUUAUAUUCAUUGAGGAUUUAGUGAAUGAACAGCACGGCGUAUCUUAUACUAUGUAAAACUGUUCCCAAUUGCUUUGCUUGAAAGAAAAUAUCUCAUAACAAAUAGGCAGUAUAAUUAUAUUUUAUUUGAAAGCCCACUCCAUGCACCUAAUGUGCCGAAUUGGAUCCAACGUAGCACAAAUAAAAAUUAUUUUAAUUUUUUUUUUUUUUUUUUUUAAAGAACCAAAGAAUGCUCGGUUUCCCAGUUUCCUUAAGCUACCACUGGGAAGGAGUCCCAAAGGUUCCUGCUCUACACAUUAAAUGAACACUACAGAGUCAGGAAUACAAACAUAUAUAUUUCAAAUACUAUAGUUUUCCUUUACUUAUUUAGCUGUCAUCCCAUAAAGAAUAUGAAAUAUUUUUUUAAUAUUGUAACUGAAACUUUUUAAAUCUUCAUCUUUCUAUGAAACAGAAUUAUAAAAAAAUAUGUAUAAAAAAAAAAACGCGUAAAUGUCCAGCUUUGAAAUUAAAAUCCAUGCUUCCAGCACCAUUGUCUGCAGAUGGACUCUCCUCUAAAGUGUGAUAGACUGGGUUUAGUCCAAGCCGAUUACAGUGUGGCGAACUCUCACCAUAAAUUCCACUGCACUGUAGUAAGCAUUGGAUUCCAAAUAGCAAAGCACACUAAAACAUCAUAAAAUGUGAGUUUCUCUGUCAAGUGAAUCUUAAUCCAGCCAAGCAUGUUGCAGGAGACGGCCCAGCUGGGUAUGGGCUCUGUUAACUUUCCAUUCUUUUCCAGUAAGGGGUCCUAUGGACCCUCACUCAGUUUUUUUAAAACGUCCCUGCUAGUAAGAUGAAAGCCCUGGGAGUCACAAACUGCUUUCUAGCAAAUUGUGCAUAGUUAGUAUGAUUUAGGUCCCAGAAAAUUCUUUCUUUUUUUACAGACGGACUAUUAGAGUAGAGCAGGUUAACACAGAUUCAGGAUAGGGAGAGCUCUUACCUGUACAUAGCAUCCUGUAUACUUUUUAUCUUUCUAUUAAGAACACUAUAGUGUUAGGAAUAUAAACGUGUAUUCCUGGCAUUAUAGUUCUAAUAGCACUAUUUAGGGCCCCAACUCCCCUGUCAGCAAGGUUAAAGGUGAUUUUACGCAACUCUUUCCAGAGCCACACAGGUCUCCUUGUGGCUGGCUCCGCCUCCUUGGUUGAGAUCUUUAAACAUGAUCAUUCCAGCCAAUCCAAUGCUUUAGGAAAGAAAUGGGAGGCUGGCGCGCAUGUGCUGCACCAAUCAGGUGCUCCUUAUAGAGAUGCAUUGAAUCAGAGCGUGGAGACCCUGAAUGUUAGUACUGCACAUUGUGUGAGUGACUGCCACUAGUGGUGUUCCUAGCCAGUGACAGGCUGGGGACAACAGAACAACUACAUUAAGCUGUAUUUUUCCCUUCCCUGUAGUUGCUAGUUGUAGUGGUGAGAAGGUGGGGGAGGUCAAUCGGGGAAUGUUAGCUUGUUAGCUGUACAUUAUGUUACUAGCACAAAGGUGUCUUAGUGAGUAGCUUUGAAUAACAAAACAACCAAUUAUUUUUAUGAAGUUUCCCUCUUUUUCUAUUUAUCCCUUGAUAAUGGCAUCUACAUUGUGACAUAAGGAAUCUUUUAAAAACAAUUGUUAUGGACUAGUUGGUUUCCUGUCCAGCUACAGGUCUUUUAUCACUACAAAGCAGAAGCCUGUGAGAACAUUCACUGUUUGCAUCAGCAGUAAAGCAUUCUUCCAUGUCUUACUGUGUAGGGGGAGGGACACAAAGCAGCUAAAAAUACAUGGUUAUUCACCUAAGUGUGAUUUCUCAGAAAUUCAAAGUGAAUUGCACAUCUUUGGCCAAAAUAGCCAAACUGAAAAAAACAUCCUUGCCUUAGAGACUUUCCAAUUCAGCUUGAAAUUAACUUUGAAUUUAAUGAAUAACACUUUUUCGCUUCUUAGAGGUUAAGAAAAGUUUUCACAUACGUUUGUAUAAUGUUAUAAUACAUUUCCUAAAAAGCAAAGAGGCUAUUUUUUUGUUUUGUUUGUUUUUUACCUAAACCUAAAUGCUAUUUUUAUGUCUUAUAAAAUCCUAUUUUUCAGGAGUUGCUGGAGCUUUCUGAAUACCUUGAGGUGAGUUAGUCUAUAUAUAAAGAAAAUAUAAAAUGUGAGUUGAUGGUUAUUGGCUGCCUGAAUAGUAAUGGGUGUUAUUUUCACACAUUUGAAAAGCUAUAAUCAUAUCAUGUAUAAUAAGUAGGACAGUAGUAAGGUGACAGGCUAAUAUCUUAUCCAGAAGCACAGUAAAAGAGCUAAAUGUUCUAAUAUUGCAAGCACAGUUUACACAGUAUUUGCUUCCCAUCACCUUGAUUACAUAACGAGGAAUACACAUCUUAUAUUUUAAUUUCCAGCAACCUAGCAUUUGUGUAUGUUAGGUUUUCAAGAUUAUUAUUAUUUUUGCCAUUUAUAUAGCGCCAACAGAUCCGUAGCACUUUACAAUAUUAUGAAAGGGGGCAUUUAACUAUAAAUAAGACAAUUACAAGAAAACUUACAGGAACAAUAGGUUGAAGAGGACCCUGCUCAAGCGAGCUUACAUUCUAAGAUUAACCUCAUAGUUGUGAGACAGGUUUCUUAAAGGUCUCAAGCUGAGCAUACUUUUCCCCUCAAUAUUGAAAUGAUUUUCCUCUUCAAGAAUAUUUGCUUUUGUUCCUGUUCACUGGCAUAUAUAUUUCUGUAAAUGGAGGCACAGCUUUAAUAUCCUUUUUGGAAAAUAUAUUCGUUGUAGCCACAUUCUUAAUAUUUUAAUUUAGGUCAUUUAUAUUUUUAUACUGAUCAGGUGUUUACAAUUUGUGCUUAAUUUAUACAAGUUAUAAAUAUAAAACAGAUGUACACUUGAUGGGGAAAACAUGUUAAAUAAUCAGAUUCAGUAAGUAAUCUGUAGGCAGUCCUUUCUGAAUAUUCCUUGAUAAAAUACAGAAUUAACUCACAGCCUGUGGGGGAUCUCUUACCUUUAUUUUAUUCCAGCGUCGUGCGUUUGUCCAUCUCCUGGCUGACAUCAUCAGAAUUGAUGACCUCGUCCAAUCCAAUGCUUUCUCAUAGGUGCUGGCCAAUCAGCAUCUCCUCAAUGCAUCUCUAUGGGGAAAGUUCAGUAACUCUAUGCAGAGCAAGUAGUCGCUCCAUGUCAGUACUGUACAUUGUGCAGCAUUGACCCAGGAAGUACCUCAUGUGGGCGUUUGAGUGGCUGUAACUCGAGGUGUUACCAGGCGGUAAUUAAAAGGCAGUGUUUACAACAAAAAGCCUACAGGAACAUACUGUAGAUACCAGAACAUUAAGCUGUAGUUGUUCUGGUGCCUGUAGUGUCCCUUUAAAUAAGGUGUUCGAUGUCUUAUGUGAAACUAAAUAGAAUCAAAACCAUAAAAAAUGCGAAGAAAGGUGAGUGGAGAGUAGGAAACUGAUAGAUAUAAAAACCAAAGACAUUGAAAAAAAAGUUAGACAAAACCAGGGCAUGAAACAGAGAUGGCUACCUUGGCAAGAUAUAGUUGAAGGAGGACUUAAAGGGACACAUUAGGCACCCACAUCAAUUCAUCUCAAUUAAGUGGUCUGGGUGCAGUGUCCCUGUUCCCUUUAGGGAUACAUAUUAGAGUGUUCCUUUAAUAGUCAGAAUCUUUACGGAGGUACAUCAGGGAUUGGUCCAGUUUACCUUGCAAUACCUGGCAUAAAAGCUUGAAGUCUCUUUAUGAUAAUUUCACAUAGCAUUGUUACUUAGUUUGAAAUUACUUUUUUUCAUUUCUAUUUGCACAGGAAGCUCUACAGAGAGAGCGGAAACUGAAAAAGAAACUGUGUAUCCUGCAAGAGCUUCUAAGUGUACUUGUUCAAGCAUCUGAUAAAUCAUGGAAGGUGCUCACAAAUCUGCUACUUCAAACUUAUAAUGCAUAAUACAUUGUACUAAGCUGUUGUAGGGACAACUUAAUACUCAGCUCUGUGUGUAUUGGGAAUUGUAUUGUCCAAGACUGUGCAGUAUGUACACACAUUUGUACACCAUAUGUUGUAGGAUGCAGCAUAACUAUAAAUUGAGCUCAAUAGUAACUCCAACUGGAUAGUUUGACCAGUUAUAUGAAUUCUGAGAGUCAGCUCCCCAUAAUGAUUAUAUUCUUGUGGCAUGAGAAGUACGUUAUGCUUUUUUAAAUGUAUUGAGGUGGUUGCAGCUUGAAGGAACACUAUAGUGUUGGGAAUACAAACAUGUAUUCCUAACACUAUAUAGUUCUGGAAUAAAUGUUUAGGUGUCCGGUCCCUCUCUCUUUGCAGUAAAAAGGUGAUUUUACUUACCUGUUCUGAAUCACAACGCUGGUCUGAUUGCUGCUGGCCCAGUUCCAUCUCCAUGGCUGAGAUCAUCUAUCUUGCUGAUUUCAGCCAAUCAAAUGCUUUCCCUUGGGUAUGCAUUGGAGACUAAUGUGCAUACACGGCAAAACACCUUGCUGUGCCAAUCAGCAUCUCCUCAUGAGAUGCAUUGAAUCCGUGCAUCUCUAUGGGGAGCGUUCAGGUUGUCAUGCAGAGCAUGGAGACACUUAACGUAGGUGUUGCACAUUGUGUUGCACUUUUAGCGGCUGUCCGAGUUACAGCACCUAGAGGUGUUAUUAGGCACAGUGUAAACACUGCCUUUUCUCUGAAAAGGCAGCAUUUAUAUUGAAAAGCCUGCAGGAACGGGCACCCCAGCUCUACACAAUAACACAGAUGAUAAUACCUAUACAAGCCCCUAGCUGUAUACAUUAUAUAGUAUACAAAGAUAUUUGGAUCUAUACAAGCCCAGGCUAUUAGAUGCAGAUAUUUAUGCAUUUAUUUAUUUCUGGAUCUAUACCAAGAUAUUUAAAGCUUUAUACACAACAGAUAUUUUAAAUUAGACACAGAUAUAGGGGUAUCAAAAAUUCAAGUUUAUAAAAAGUAUUGUUCUUUUUUCAGCUUAAUUCUGCCAUUACCCAGAUUAGUGAACUGCUCUGGAACAAUUAUGCUGAAUUAAUUCAUGUUUAAAGGGUUACACCAAGCGUAAAAACCAAUAUGUCACUAAAACACCGUUUGUAGUCAGAGUAACCAUUAUUGUCCCAGCUGAUGCCAGAGAGGAUGGGCCUAGGGUAGGACAAAACCAGCACAGGGGAGGUCCUGCCAUUGGCGCAUGUCUUAAUGUCUUACCAAAACCUUUUUCUCUUCAUUUGGACUUAUUAACAAGAUCUAAAGAGAAAUCUAGUGAUACAUUCCAUUAAUACUGAAUUGUAGUGAAUUGUAAAAUAAAUUAUAAAAUUUAGGUGCAAAUAGCCAGUACAUGACUACCACUUAUGAGUUAGAGCUUUUUCAAUAAUUUGUACUGCAUUUGGAUUUCAGUUCCCCACAUUUUGAUGUUAUUGAUUCAUUCAUAUUGUUCCUGCUUCCAGCCCUUCGACACUUAUGGCCAAGGACCAGAAUAAAUAUAUAUUAUAAUGGUUUAUGCUAGCUUACUGCAAAAGUUAAUGUUUAGUGUUAGUGUAUUGUAUUUUUGUGAUUGUGUAGGAGUUAAUAGGGGUUAGUAUUAUAUUGUGUAGUGUGGGUGUAGAUGUUAAGGGAUUGUGUAGUGUAUGGGUUAAUAUUAUAUCAUGUAGUGUGUGUGUGUUAAUGUUAAGUGGCUGUGUAGUAUAUACGUUAAUAUUUAAUAUCAAGUGUUAUGGUAGUGUAAGGGUUAUAGGAAAGGGCUUUACUGAGAGGGUAGUGCUUGUGAUUAGUAGAAGUUAAAGUCCCAGAUAAUAGUUAUUUCAGCUGACAUCAUUAAUAUGGCAGUAUGUCCUAAUCAGGUAUGCAACUCCCACUAAUAUCAGUCAUGAAACAGAGAUGGCUACACUGGAGACGGAGAAAUGUAUGUUCCAGGUCUGUCUUGAGUUAUGCCCUUAAGACUGCAAGUAGGAGAUCUGUGCAUUACUGAAUUAUUGCAUGGAUGGCAUCACUAUUUUGCAUUAUGAGAUUCUAAAACAUAAUCUGCACUAUGAAAUUAUAAGCAGAUCAUGUAAUAUAAAAACUCUUUAAAACGUGUCUUUUUUUCAAUUUGAAACUUUUUUUAUUGGUUUUCAAGGAAGGGGGGGAUACAAAAAUUAAAAAGGGUGGGCAUAAAAGGCAAUUUUUCACAUACAUACAACACCAAAUUAAGCUCUUGUGUAAAACGUGUCUUUUAUUAUGUUUUGUUUGUCCAAUAAAGAUAUGUGACACAGCUACUGCAGCAGAGCUAUAUGGGAUCAGUAAGCUUGACAGAAAAAUAUAAAGCCUCUGUGGUCACUGACGCUUCCUGUGUGAAACAGUGCGUUAGAUAACAGGAGAAAGACAGUGUUCAGCAGUAACAAACAGGAAACUGAUUAACAUAACCAACAGGCUUGUUUAAGUUUAAUUACACGUUAGGAGAACAGGUGGGUGCUCUGAUAUGUGAAGUUGUUUUGUAUCCAUUCUGACAGAGAAGUGGUUUAGUAGGUGUCUGUUAAUGAACGUAUUUCAAACAAUACAUAGGAGCUGAUGGGUUGAUAUUGCUGAAAUAGGUUUUUUUACGCUUCUGCACAUUUAACAGCUAUACAUUUUCUGGAAGGACGUUCCUGUUUGUCCUAAGAAAAGGUGACAAGCUCAACCAAUAGGCUGUGUUUAAAAGUAUAAAACCACCUUAUGCAAAUUGCAGUUGUGUUACAAGCUAUGUUUGUAACAUAAUCUUAAUUUAGACGGAUGCUUUAACUGCUUAUUUCUCUUCUAUGAUGCAUGCCAUCUUGGUUAUAUUGUUGACAGAUCAUAAAUAGAUAUAGAUAGUUUAUUUUUUAUUUACCUGUGUAUGUAUGGUGGCUGUAUAUUUUAGUUUCAAAUAAUUCUGUAACAUAUUUAGCUGAGAAAUGAUCUAAGUUUUCCUUCUGUCUUAAAGGUCCAAGUGAAUGAAGACCGGCUGAAGUGCAAAGUUUCAAACCUAGAAAAUCAACUGUUUCUUUAUUCUCAGGUAAACCAAACUGUAUGGUGUUUGUUUCAAAAUAUGAACCUAUUACCAUGAUAGCAUAUGCAAUUUUUUUUUUGGCAAUUUGAUACUCCAAUAUUUGAAAAUAUGUUUAGGCACUAUAACAUGUCUGAGGUUUGUUAAUGUCUAGUUGUGAAACCAUUUACUUAAAAAAAAUAAAAAAAAAGUUAAUAUGCAUGUUAGUGUGGAUAUAUUGAUUAUAUAUUUCUUGUUUCCAUCCAGACAUAUCUGAGAGACCUGCUUAACAUUUUUAAUCAGACCAUUUGCAACAUCUACCAUUCCAAUACUGUUUAUAUAUGUACUUAAAUGUCUCUUUGGUCAUUAUCUGGUAGAUCUGCACAGUGUAUCCAUAUGGAUACAGCUUCUCUCUAGAGGAACCAUUUGGAAUAAGUGUCAGCCUGAACAGAACUGGUCGUGAACUGAGACAGAACUUUGUAGAGACCUGGAUGGGGAUUAAAAUAGUUCCCUCCUUUCCUAUGUUCCGUCUGUAAUCGCUACUUAGCAGCAUGAAUAAUAUCAAUGCUAAAGAGUAAGAUAUUUGCAUCGUUUUCAAAGUGUAAAUAGUUAAAUGUGUAGUAUGCAUAUGGCUUCCUGUGUGGCUUCCAGUUACUAGUUAAUAUGGGGCAUUUCUGCGUGUUAUAUUAAUUUCAUAGGAAUGAAAGGGUAUUUCUUGGCUGUCAUAGUUAUUACUACAGUUCUGAGUCAGUACUUCUAUAUAGUAUACAUAUAAUAAUAUAAAGAAACCACCUGUACAUUUACGUUUGCAAAACUACUAAUGCACAAUGAAACAACUGUUUUGCCUGAUUACUAUUUUUGUAUUAGAUCACUUAUAUUAUGUGUCACGCCAUAUAUUAAUGCUUCUACCCUGUGAAUAAAUUAACAGAACAUUCCAAAAACAAGUGUGAAAAAAAUAUUAUUGGAGAUGGAGGAACAGAAAUACAGAUACGAGGAGAAAGCUAACGAAUCUCUUCAGAAAUUAACAGAAGACAAAAUGACGACUGAAAGGCAGCUCCACAAAACUCAGGUUUGUAAUGCUUUAAACAUUAAAAACCAUACUUUUCCUUAAGAUUACAAUCAGGUGACCAGGCUUAAAGAUACACUCUGAGCACCAUAACCACAACAGCUUAUUGUCAUUGUUAUGAUGCAAGUGAUGAGUCUUUGGUUGCUGCAAACAUUUUGUCAAACAAACUGUGUACACCUUGCACCCAAAUUCCUCUGUUACCUUACACUUAGAUGAUAAAUGUCACACUUUUGCAUUAUCCAUCCAAUACCACCAAUACCUGCAACGAUGGGCUGCGAACACUGGGCUAACCCUCCCCCUUGACGUGCAGCCUAUCACUGCCUUCCCAGGACCAACGUCUGGAAAUCAGACAAUGUCUUACCUGGGAUGGCAAUGAUAUGCACGUUUUAGGAAUGUGUUUGCCCUGCAUCUUGGCUAUGGGUUCCAGGAGAUCCAUGGCUUUUGUCAAAUCACUCAAAAAUAAUAAAAAAUUAAACAGAAAAAAGUUUCAUGGUGCCAAAGACUAUAGAAAAAAACAGUAGUAAAUAUGGUGCUAGAUUUUCCAACUUUAAAUAUAUAUUGCAGAUACAGUAUUGGAAUAGAAAGCACCACAUGCAAUAGAUAGGGUAAAACAUAAUCCAUGCCAAGAUCACGCAGGCGCCAAACAUAGAGUGGUUAAAAAAAUGAAAAAAGAAGUCAGUAUUUAUUGAUUUAUUAAAUAUUUUACCAGAAAGGAUACAUUGAGAUUUCUCUCGUUUUAAGUAUGUCCUGGGCCCACUAACACUGCAUUGCUACAAUACGGUACAAUAUAAUAUUAAUGAUAAAAAUAUAUUAUUAAAAAUAUUAAUAGGGGGGCGUGGCCUGACCACGGAUGGAGUGAGACACACGCUGCCUGUGCUCCUAGGCUUCACCCUGUAUAGCCCGUAAUAAUUAGCAUCCAGACUCGUUCAAAUCCUGAUAUUAUGAGGAAAACCAAGCGAGCACUAAGUUCUGGGCAGCCCGGUGGGGCUCUGCUACGGUCCCAAACCGGCCCGAUGGAUGAUUACCUUGCUGGGCCGCAGGGCCUGCCGGACGCCAUCGACACGUCGAUUCCUGCCUCACCCGGCUCAAGCAUUGCUGGCUCAUCCCGCGGCACCAGUGAGCCGGCGGCCCUGUCCCAAAUCUCGCUAGAUAUAGCCGCUAUCUCCUCCAGCAUGCUCACUAGGCGAGAUAAAUCUGAAAUGGUGGCCGAGCUGCGAGCGGUGAUCAGGGAGGAGAUUGCCGCUGUGCGUGCAGAUCUCACCGCCCUGGAGCACCGCGUGGAUGCCCUGGAUGUCGAGCGCCUUCAGAACUCCCAACGGCAGCAAGCUGCGGACCUGGCGACCACCAGGCAGGGGAACCUACUCCUAGACCUCCGCCGUCAGGUCGAAGACCUCGACAAUAGAGGUCAGCGGAACAACAUCACGCGGCUGACCUAUUGGUCUAACAAUGUUCAUGGGCUUAACAUGCCCGAAAAACGAUCACAGUUGCUACGGCAGCUCUGGGCUGCAAAAGCUUCCGUGGUGUUCUUGCAAGAGACGCACUUCAAAGGGGGAGAUACGCCUAAACUGGAGAAUCGUCGAUUCCCGUUGGGAUUUUACGCUAAUCACCAAACUGCCAAAAAAGCUGGGGUGGCGAUACUUUUCGCCCAGACGACGCCUUUCCUCCACUUGGCGUCCCAGAUGGAUCCGAUGGGGAGAUACCUAUUCUUAAAGGGCACCAUAGCGGACCAUGCGUAUACAUUCACUUGCAUAUACUGCCCAAAUAGGGGUCAGCACACCUUCCUCUCCCGGACACUGGCCAAAUUAGAGAGAUUCCGAGAGGGCCUUUUGGUCCUUGGCGGCGACCUCAAUAUCCCUCUGGAUCCCCGGCUGGAUACUUCGAGGGGAAUGACCGCGGUCUCGGCUACCAGUAUCCGGCUGACCCAGCGCGCCCUGCACAAAAUUGGAUUGGUGGAUUGUUGGAGGGCUUGCAAUCCGGAAGGGAGAGACUAUACCCAUUACUCUGCAGCGCACGCACAAUACAGCCGCAUCGAUUAUAUCUUUCUGGCACAAGAAUUUUUAAACCUCUUGCAAGGAGCGGAAAUAGGCAUCAUAAGCCACUCGGAUCAUGCACCGGUCCUGGCUCAUACCAGUUCCCCGCUAUUUAAGCCUAGUGAACGACAAUGGAAGCUCAAUGAAACUAUGCUGGAUGACUUGGCACUCAGGCAGUCAGCAACCCGCGCCCUGACCGAUUACUUUACCACCAACGACAACUCUGAUACGACACCUUUAGGGCUUUGGGAGGCGCACAAAUGGGUCAUUCGGGGCUUCUUCAUUUCUGAAAGCACCAGGCCGAAAAAGGACAGACGGUUCGUAUUACCAGCUUGACAACGCGCAUCGCAGAAUUAGAAGGAACUCAUAAGCAGUCCCUAGAUGAGGGCACUUAUCUCCAACUUGUUGAGGCACGUAGGGACCUGAAAAAGAUUUUGUCGCAGGGGCUGAUGCUCACCGCGAGGAAGGCCUCUAGGUACUUCUACGAACACUCCAAUAAGUGUGGGAGGCUGUUAGCUCGAAUGCUCCGUGAUAAGCGCAGGAUGCAACAUAUCCAUAAAAUACGCACGGGGAGGGGGGACACUACACGCCUCCCAAAUGGCAUACUGACUGCGUUCCAGGAGUACUACGCGGCACUUUACGACCAAACGCAACACCGCACAGCAUCAGAGGAACGAUUACACAAGGAGAGCAUAGUGGCGUACCUACAAACCCAUGUUACACGCAGACUCACGCCGGAGCAGGAGGCGGAACUGGAGGCUCCUUUGUCGGUGGAGGAACUCGCGGGAGCGCUGAAGGCCACCAAGGCUCAUAGGGCGCCAGGGCCGGACGGUUUACCAGCCUCUUAUUUACGGACGUUCAGGGAUAUCCUCCUGCCCCGCCUGGUCACAGGGCUGAACUCCUUGCGGGAGGAUGGCUGGUUUCAUGAAGAUACACUAAGGGCAACGGUCACGAUACUCCCAAAGGAGGGCAAAGACCCCAUGGACUGUGCCAGUUACAGACCAAUUUCAUUGCUUAAUGCGGACCUUAAAGUGUUUGCUAAAGCACUGGCACUUCGGAUGGCUAGGAUUUUGCCGGAGCUUGUUCAUCCAGAUCAGGUCGGAUUCAUACCCGGCCGUGAGGCCCGUGAUAAUACCAUACGGGCCCUCAACGCUAUCCACGUAGCUCAAACCAACGGGAAGGAGAUGGUUCUCCUUUCCACUGACGCCGAGAAGGCGUUUGAUAGAGUUGACUGGACUUAUCUGCAGGAGACCCUGGGGCACAUGGGGUUUGGUCCAGGUCUACGGUCAUGGGUUGCGGCGCUGUACACCAAACAGACGGCGCGUAUACGGGUGAAUGGUGCACUCUCGGGUGUGUUCAAGAUUUGCAAUGGCACGCGCCAGGGCUGCCCGCUGUCCCCCCUCCUGUUUGCCCUCACCCUGGAGCCCUUCCUGGAGGCGGUUCGACGGGACGGGGGCAUAGCGGGAUGCCAGGUAGGGGGGGAGGAGCAUCGGGUGGCGGCAUACGCCGAUGACAAGCUCUUCCUCCUCGAACAGCCAAGAAUCUCCCUACCGAACUUACUAGAGGCCUUCCGACUUUAUGGCGCAGUUUCCAACUUGAAGCUCAACCUGGCCAAGUUGGAACUGAUGCCCCUCACGCGAGACCCGACCCUUCGUAGACGCACUUCCCCUUCCGGAUUUGCUUGACUAAAUUGCGGUACCUAGGCAUCUGGCUACCGAGUGACCUAGCUCAAGCCUAUUCCAUGAACUAUGCCCCAUUACUCACAGCCCUGCAACAAGAUAUGAAGCGCUGGGCCCCUCAAUAUAUAUCCUGGUUCGGACGCAUAAAUGCCAUUAAAAUGAAUGUUAUGCCCCGAAUAUUGUACCUGUUCCAAACGAUCCCGGUCAAUGUCCCUCGGAACUUUUUCCAAUCUUUGUCGACCGCCUUUAAGCAGUUCGUUUGGAACCAGAAACCCGCCCGCAUACGGCAAUCGACCCUGUAACGCCCUAGGAGUGAGGGAGGCAUGGGUCUGCCUUCAGUCCUCACUUACUACCGGGCUUCACACCUGUUUCGGGUAGUGGAUUGGCAUGCAGCCCCAAGCGGGAAACAGUGGGUAGACAUGGAAAAGCAACAGGCGGGGGGGGGUAAAAUCCUGUCCCAGCUAUGGCUGGGGGACGCCACGUUUCAGGAACUGCGAACGGGCAACCCGUUGAUGUAUGCGACUCUGAAGGUCUGGUGCGGCAUUCGGUAUUCUCAACAAUUUACGUCAUCGCCGAAUCCACUUACGCCCGUGACGCAUAACCCAAGACUGGCGGGUGGACUCUCCCCGGGUGAUCUGAGGAACUUUGGGGCCACGGAUUGGACCUAUCUGCACCAGUGGUGCAAUGGGCCGGCCCUUAAACCGCUGGCCGCUCUACUCCAAGACCGUGGACCCAGCGCUCUGGACAACUUUCGAUACUACCAGCUUACAACCUAUGUAACCUCGCUUGCUGGGAAGGCUCACCUUCACCGCCCAUUGUCCCACUUCGAACAACUCUGCGCCGCUAGACAGCAUCUCAUCCAUGGCAUAUCGCACCUAUACUCAAUGCUGCAGAGUGGUGGGGACCAGGGCCCCUUAGGUUUCACGGUACGGUGGGAAACGGAAGCAGGGGUUGUGCUAUCUGCCUCAGAAUGGCAAAAGAUCUUCCAAUUGACGCACAGGGGGACCAUCUGUUCCAAAUUCCAGGAGUGCAACUACAAGAUACUGUCGCGUUGGCAUAGAACUCCGGACAUCCUUCGUCAUGUCCAUGAGUCCAUCUCCGGGGAGUGCUGGAGGUGUGGAGACGCGGAUGGUACUGGGAUCCAUAUCUGGUGGUCGUGCUCACACAUUGAACCUUUCUGGCGAGCGAUACACCAAGGUAUCAAAGACGUUACAGGGACGGACAUCCCUUUCCAGCCGUUGCCGAUGCUACUGAACCACACGAGCAUGCCAAUUAACGCCUACAAAAGGGGCCUUUUGAUACACCUUCUCACGGCAGCAAAAUCUCUCAUCCCCACGAUGUGGAAAAGCCAGGUGGCCCCCUCACUCCGCCAAUGGAUAGAUAGAGUGGAAAUGAUUUACAAUAUGGAAUUGAUGACUGCGUCUCUGCAGGGACGCUCGGAUAAAUGUGCUCUAACAUGGUUCCCAUGGAUGGAGUAUACGGCCAGGGGGGCCGCGGGGGAUGCCCGGACCGGGGACGGGGGUGCUCCCGCACCGGCACAGCCUUCCCCAUCCACAACGGACUGACAGAUGCCCGUAGUACCUACCAGCUGGGGGGGGGGGGUGCACUUCCCUAUCCAUGUGACUGCGACUUCCCCUCCCGUUUCCCUCCCCACUUCCCAGACGGACGACAAACUGAGGCGACUACUCGGGAGUAGGCUCACAAGCUCACUCAUCCACUAACCUGGCACGCAGUGCGUUUGGGGAACGGGGAGUGGAGCACGGGGCGGGGAAUGGGAUUAGUCCUCGGAGGCGCAGGGGGAUGGAGGGAUGGCGGGGCUCUUGAACAUCUUAGGGGUGGGUGGGAGGUGUACAUGCCGGAGGGGACCCGGCCAGAGGGCGGGAGGCUAACAACGCUUCUCGGGGGUCAGGAAGGAGGCCCUCUGACGCUUUCUGUCCCACGCUCUUGGUUCGCUCUGGGCCUCGGAUUCAAUAAGUACAAUGGCGCCCGAUUUGAUCCCUAGGGGGCCCCAGCCUAUCGCGUUAGGGGAUGAGGGGGGGUACGGAGGCGUCGGAGGGCACCCUACAGUUUAUAGACAUCUCACACACACCACUACACCAGUCAGGCGGGUCAGUGGAUACCACUAUGACUUCGGGCCAUGGGCUAGCCCACUAGGUGGUCGCCAAGAGCAUGGUAGUAGAUGCUAAAGGUAGAUUAGAACUCCCGUUUCAUGAGGUAGCAUGGCAAGCCGCUCUUCCCACGCCCCGCUUUUCGCAUCUAUCCCAUGUAUCUCCGGUUGUCUCGGGAUUGCGGCCCUGGUUGUCGCUCAACUGACUCAGUGUUGUCUAAGUCCUAGUUCUAUUCAUUUGUAAAGAUACUGCCAAAUAUCCUGCUGUAUUGUCGGCCUACGUGGAUUAAUGUGUCCUUCCUUCCUUGCCUGUGUAAAGGCUACUAAACAUGUUUGAAUUUGUGUGAUGUAUUAAAUAAAUGGAAAAAUAAAGAAUGUCAAAAAAAAAAAUAUUAAUACACAACACAUAUAUUUAACACAGAACAGAUAAGGAAUAUAAUCAACCAUGAUUACAGCUGCAUUCUGUUUUGGAGAUAUGUAGAGAGGGUUCUCUUGAAGGAUUUUAGGCUGGGGGUCUGGGCAGUUAUUCCAUAAUUGCAGUGCUCUGUAGUAAGUUAUGCCAUAAUUGCAGUGCUCUGUAGGAAAAUGAGGAUCGAGCUGGGGAGAGCAUUGUACUCGGGUAGGGUGGGAGCUUCCCAGAAAAGCUCUUGGACACAACUAAACUGGCUACUGCUGGAAUCCAGACACAAAUGAAGGGUGCAUCUGGAUAGCCAGUUUAGCUCUUUUAACAUGUCACAAUUGAGAGUCAAGUAAUUACAUUGUAGUACAAAGCGACAGAAUGAGUUAUACAAUGUAGUAAAUUUAUGAAGGUGGGUGUGUGGUACAGGUGCAUACACUACAACUCCAUAAUCAAUGACUGGCAUUAGCAUUUGCUGUACAAAUAAAUAUAUAUAUAUAUAUAUAUGGGCCAUCAGUUCUGUGCAGCAAAAGACAGUACCAUACGAAUGGUAGUGGAAUUCCUGCUGUUAUGACAUUUGCAUAUGUGCCUAGUAGGGCAUAGUGACUGUGCUGCACACAUGGGUCCUUGUUGUGAAUGGAUCAGCAAAAUAUGCUUUGGAUUUCUUUCUUGAGACACCAAAGUGAGAUGGACUUAUGCCAUGAUCAAUGGUACCAUGAGAAGGAGGAUCAGAAUGUUUUGAGAGUAUUGCCAUGUCCUUUGCAUGAUUAUCCCAUCAGUGACUGCUUUCCAGGAAAUCAUGAACACACAAAUCAUUUAUGCAACAAAUGGAUUUAAUAAUCUAAAUAUAUAAAAUAAAUCAAGUUUCUGGUCCCAUAUUUUUAAGUAGAUGUAACCCUUUAGUUAGAUGAAAAGUGCCAGCUCUUGAUUUGGUAUCAUUCUUAUAUGAUAGUACAGGAUCUUGCUUUUGACAUUUGUGCUCACAUCUUUGCAGAUGUCCCUUGCCGUAUCGGGGGAUGAGUGUGAAUUAUGGAAGGAAGAAUAUGAAAAACUGAAAAAAGAUUGGAGUGACAUCAUCAGUGAAAACUCAGAGUUGAGAAAUGAACUGAAUGUUGUUCAGAGCAAACUGCAGGUAAUAACCACUCCAUAUCCUGUGACUAUACAAACUGAACACUACAGUCUUUCCCAUAAUUUACUGCAUUGCUUAAAGAGACCACUUGUUGAAGUAGUCUGGGUGCAAUGUCCAUGCCCCCCUUAGUUUUAGAUUAACUGCAAUGUUUGCAUUGCAGUACUAAGACUGUCAAUUGUGGACCAGGCAGUCCCUAGAGGCACUUCUGGAAGUCAACAGAGUCACCUAAAUGACGCUGGAUGACCUCACACUCUGCAUUAGGAAACGUCAGUGAAAUCCGCAUAGCAAAGCAGUGAGGAAAUGCUUUUCUAUGGGGAGGGCCUAAUGCGCUUGCCACAUGUGCACAUUAGGUCCCCCCAUUGGAUGACGUGGGAGGAGGUGGAGCGCCGAUCCAGAGCCGAAGGACAUCGCAAUGCUUUCCUAAGGGGAGGGCCUAAUGCACUCUCUACUCUCACCACAUUAGUGGUACUAUUAGUAUUCAUUGACUUCUGUUAGAAUUAGUGAGUGCAUUCUACAACAUCCUACAGACACAUCUUUUCCUUUGCCCUUAUAUACCUUACCUAUAGAACCAGUCAAUACCUGCCACUUAUUUGGCCUUUGAAUAAAAACAGUCAAAAUAAUGCCAAAAAGAAUGAACCUCAACCCAGUAUUAAUAAUGCUGCUGUAAACUCUCUAACAGGGGGGAAAAAAAGGGAAUUUUUCUACAUUUUAUGCACAUACUACACGAGCAUGGCAUUCCUGACUUGCUCUAAUUAAAAGCGGCACUGUCAUGGCCGAGUCCUGUUUUUUUUUUUUUUAACCCCCCUUCCGACUCCACUACAUCUAACUGACCCCCUAGUCACCUCCAAAUGCUUCUAAACCCCCAUAUUACCGUUUUUUUAACUUUAUUUUGUGUCCGGACCUAUGUUCAGGGAGCCGCCAUCUUUGUGUGGGUAGAGGAAGUCCCUGUGGAACAUGUCAUCUGCCCACACUAGAUAGCGCUGUGAGAUUCCCAGGGGGGAGGACAAUAGGUCGUCGUCCCCUCAUUAUCCUUUAGGGCCCCCACCCGCCGCUCAGGUGUGGGUGCCGGGGGGGGGGAAAAUAGGUCCGUCCCCCCUCAUUAUCCUUUAGGGCCCCCACCCGCCGCUUAGGGUUUUGCCGGCGUUCUGUCAAAGUGACAGGACGUUCGGGAAUACUGACAGGAUGCAUCGAGGGAAAAGGGAGGAAAGCUAAGAAUUGUGGGUAAAUUUCUCUGAUCACCGGAAAUUAAGCACACUUUGCUCCUCCGCUGGUCAGAGAUGGUCAGGCGUAGGAAACCUCCAUAAGACAAGUAGUCCCUACUUUGUCCUAUGUUUUAAAGAAAACUAGAGCAGAUAGGAAGAAAUGAAGAACGGAUCCUGAGAGAGGGAGAGAAGAUGAAUCAAGUAAAGAAAGGUAAGUUCGGCAUGACAGUGCCGCUUUAAUUGUUUUAGCGCUGCAUCAGAGGAUGACAAACUGCAGCUCUCAGCGGAAACCACAACCACUGCAAUGUGUUGUUGAAGUUAUGGUGUAUCUUUUAUUUCAUGAUUUUAAUAAAUAAUGAAAGUCUGGUGGGCAUCAUUGUUAAGUUGCACACAGGGUACCUGAAGGCCUAUGGCUGGUUCCAAAUAUUUAUUUAUUGGGUGUGUUUCCACAGUGGGUAGAAACACAAGACACACAUGUUCAGCAACUUCACGAUCAUCUGCAAAGUCUGGAGAGAGAGAGAAUCGAGCUGAAGUCCCAGAAUGAGGUACUACAAGAGGACAAUGAUCUUCAAAAGCAACAACUUAACUCCAUGGAAGGUGUGCAAUAGCUCACAGGCAAAUACCACACAUCAUAAUUUAGUCUUGGCCUACUUAGCCACCAAGUGGUAGAAAAAUAUUAUUCUUCAAUCUGUCUCUUUUUGGUAAUUAUAUUCACUAUAAAAAUAUUGAUACUGACAAUAUAGCAUAUUGUAUAUAUUAUCAUCACAGCGUUGCUCAUUUUGCUACAGAACUCCACGGAUAAUGAAUGGAGCGAAAUAUUUAUCUAGUGUAAAAGAAAUUGGGGGGUUAGAGUGGUUUUUUUACAACCCCAUAGUGUACCAUUUUUUAACUGAGAACAUUAAACAAGAAUUUAUCCUUUACAGAUGGCAGGGGAAAAGGAAAUGGCAUCUAGCCCAGACAACUAACAAUCUAUAUGUCUUUCAGUCAGAUUGAGGAACGCAGAGGAAGAGAAAUUGGAAACUCAGCUAAAGAUACACAAUUUACAAAGUAAGUUUUGUUAUAACAUUUUGAAACGCAUUCAAUGAAAUGACGCUCACCCACAUCUGUAAAUGCAGCAACUUUAAUAUCUCUAUAUAUGAUUUUAAAUCGGUUGUUUUGCAUAUUUGUAAAUACAUUAUAUAGCAAACCACUACAGCCUGGAAUUAAUCACCUCCAGUCCCAGCUUCAAGCAAGGAAAAUAAGUAUUUUGAACAGUACUUAAAUUUUUUUUUUUUUUAGAAAAUCACACAUUUAAAAAGCUACAUUGCUAAUUGUUUUUUUGUGAUUGAAUACCAGCAGGUUUGGUAGCAGAGUGUAAAAAAGAGAAUGUGAAUGCUAUGAUGCCAAGCUCUUAACAGCAGGGUAAAAAAACAAACAAAAAACACACACACACACCAUUAAAAAAAUAAAAAUCAUUGUUUAUUGUUUUGCAAGCUAGAAUACCAGCAGAAUAGGCAGCAGAGGGAAAAGAGAGAAUUUGAAGACUGUGAGGGCAAGCUAUUACAAGUAGGGUGAUAACCCCCCCCAUGCACACACGCACAACAAAAUAACUUUUUUUAACCCCUUAAGGACCAAGCUUCUGGAAUAAAAGGGAAUCAUGACAUGUCACACAUACCAUGUGUCCUUAAGGGGUUAAAAUCAUUGUUAUAGUUUUUUUUUCUCAUGCUAGAAUACCAGUAGAAUAGCUAGCAGAGGGGCAAAGAGUUGGUGUGAAGGCUGUAAUGCCAAGCUUUUACCAGUAGGGUAAAGUACAGGUUUACAGCUCAGCCACCUAUAGACACCAGAACCUUCCCAUUCUCCAAUUAUAUAUAGCCUUUCUAAGCUUCAACAUUUGUCGAUGAGGGAUACAGUAGGACCAGAAAUGACAUCAUCUUCUUUCAUUAAAAAAAUAAAUACCACAUCAGAAUCAGAGAUAUAUAACUACUACAUGUGUGUGUGUGUAUAUAUAUAUAUAUAUAAACAAAUAACAAAUGCACAUUGGUAAUGCCAGGGUAGGAGUUUCUAAGAGACAGGUGGCUGUAGAUUGCUGUCUACUGAUAAAUCCAGCCUUGCACAGGGUCUGUCCCUUUUCUGUUACCUAAUCUGCUGGUCAUUUAUUAUGGAAGAUGACUUUGAAUAUUUUUGCUGUGUUUUUUUAGCUUGCAUUAGUAGGAUUGUUUCACUUUCGCUCGAGCAUGAUACAGCCAAAAUAAAGAUAGAGCUCCCAGAGACAGAUAAGUCAUGAUACUUGUUACUUCUGUCGAUACUGAUUUAGAUCAUAAGAAACAAUUUUGUUUUGAUGACAUAAUUAAUUUCCCGAUGUAUAUUCAUCGUCUCCAUUGUGGUCGCUAUUUCUUGGUUUAUGGUACCAGCUAGUGUUUGUAUAUUUAUAUUUGAGUGUAUUUGGUUAUGACCUACUUUAAGACUAGUAAUAUACCUUCUAUUAUUUAUCAGCCUUGUUACGUCUCUGGUAGGAAACUGUCUUAUACUAAAUGUGUUGGAUCUAUUUGUUUCCUGACAUGACUGAACCCAUAGUCAGGAUAAGAUAUUACAUGCCUGAGUACUUACCUUUACUGACAAACCACUGAACUGCAUGUUGCCUGUUCAGGAAAUGUUACCAUUGCACAAUAUCUAUGCGGUUAUAUAUAUAUAUUCUUUUGUAGUGUAGGCUUUUACUGGAGGGUUUAGGGUUGUGCUAAUUUAUUUUUAGAACAUGAGAUCAUAGAAAUGGUUAAAAAAAAAUAAAUAAUGCAAAUUCCUUAAUGCAUAUUCUUUAAGGCUGCCAUGCCUGUGCAUGUUUUGUGUAGGAUAGUUAAACAAGAAACUUGGAAACGUGUUCAAACUAGAUCUACAGCAAGAUACUUUUUGAUCAAACAGGAUAGACAACUAGAAUGUCUGAAGCUUAGAACAAAAAUGAUUAAAAAGGUUUUACUUAGGUGCAGCUUCCUGUAAAUCAAUGGUAUCUUUAGGGAAAUAUAGGAAAUGGGUUAGCAUACAAUAUUGUACAGAAGAAACAAAAAUAGCUUAUUUUGAAUGUGUAUUUUCUUGAAUGUCUAGAUCAUUUGAACGCAGAUUGCGAUAUUGAGCUGUAACUUGGCACAACUCGUAGGAUCAUGCUGCACCUGGUUUUAGGAGUGGCUGAUAAGUUCAAUGUUUGCCAAGUAGCUUGGAGCUAUCAAAAAGUAUAGCCCUGCUUCUUUAUUUAGGGGUUUCAAAGAGAACUUGUAACAUUCACUCUUCUUCCCACGAUUCGUAGACACAGUGCCAACAGGCUGGCUUCGCUGACAGCACAUCAUUAUUAGAAUGGAGUGAUUUGGUAUUCUUAUUGUCGAGUCCCUCUGAGUUUGAUUCAGCAUUUCUUAAAGGACCAUUAUAGGCACCCAGACCACUUCAGCUUAAUGAAGUGGCCUGGGUGCCAGGUCCAGCUAGAAUUAACCCUUUUUUCUAUAAACAUAGCAGUUUCAGAGACACAGUUUUUUUUUUUUUAGAAAAUCACAGAUUUAAAAAGCUACAUUGCUAAUUGUUUUUCUGUGAUUGAAUACCAGCAGGUUUGGUAGCAGAGUGUAAAAAAGAGAAUGUGAAUGCUAUGAUGCCAAGCUCUUAACAGUAGGGUAAAAAAACAAACAGAGAAACUGCUAUGUUUAUAUUAGGGUUAAUUCAGCCUCUAGUGGCUGUGUCGUUGACAGCCGCUAGAGGUGCUUCUCACUGUGAAAAUCACAGUGAGAUGACGCCAACGUCCAUAGGAAAGCAUUGAGAAUGCUUUCCUAUGAGACUGGCUGAAUACGCAUGCGGCUCCUGCCGCGCAUGCGCAUUCAGCCGAGGAAGAGGAGAGGAGGAGAGCUCCCCGCCCGGCGCUGGAGAAAGAGGUAAGUUUAACCCCUUCCUCCCCCCUCAGCACCACGGAAGUGGGACCCUGAGGGUGGGGGCACCCUAGGGGCACUAUAGUGCCAGGAAAAAGAGUAUGUUUUCCUGGCACUAUAGUGGUCCUUUAAAGUAAAGGUGCCUUCCAUUGCACUCCAUAAACCUCGUAAGGAUAAAAAGAUAUAUUAUAAACAUAUUACUAUUAAGUAUAUUAUCUUUAACCCCUUAAGGACACAACCGUCAUGUGUCCUUAAGGGGUUAAUGUUAGACGUGUUUCCACUACUAGGGUAGUCUCCUUGGUGCAGCCCCUAUACUUCUUCUGAAAUCAUCAAUGCUGAUGAUCUCAGUCCAAUCAGUGCUUCUCGUGGAGAAGAAUUGGACGCCUAUGGCGCAUGUGCAGCAAUCUCUUCACUCACCUAGUCUGAUGCUUUUCAAAGACAAGCAUUGAAUUCAAUGCUUCCCAGUGAAAAGCAUAAACAGAAUUUUGCAUCAUCACGCUGUGAGUGAUGACAGAGAACAUAAUUUUCAUUUAAUUUUCAUUAGAGAUGUGGUUUAGUCAGAAAUUGCCGUUUUCAAACCUACUUUCAUUGAUGUACAAUCAGCGUUAGAUCUGGCUGAGCAGAAAUGUAUCUCAAAGGGUAAGGUCAUCCAAGGCUUUUCUAGUGAUAUGGACUAUUGGGGAAUGCUUCACUUUUAAGCAAGGCCAGCUUACAAAAGCUUUUUGAACUCGACAUUUAGUCUACUCGUAAAAAUGUGAGAGUAUUGAGAUAUUAAGUGAUAUUUGGUUUGAUAUCGACAUUCCUCUACUUAGAUGACUUGUUCUGCUCUGCAUUUUGCAGACAAUUGCACUUAGGUAUACAAAAUUAAACAUCAUCGACACUGCUUCCCACUCAUUACAUUACAUUAUAUGGUGCUAUAUUCAGGAAGUUUAUCUUUCUUCUGUUUAUUCAUGUGAGUAGGAUCAAAGGAUUCUCAAGACUGUCUCUCUGUGAUUAUUGUGUUUUUAUUUUGCAGAUCAAAUGUUAUCCAUGAAUGAGAGAAACACUCACAGCCCUAUCCAAGACAUAAAAAAUGUACAUCGGAGCCACACCUCAAAUGAACAGCCACCAAGUGAACAAUUACUUCUCGUUACAGAAAACCUAACAGCCAAAGAGAAUGAGGUGCAGAAAAUAUUUACCUUUAUAUAAAGCCUGUCUAACUUGUCUGUCACUCUGUUGCUUCUCACUAUUAUCCGGGCCAUCCACCUUAUCUCUCCAUUUCAGUAUGUCACAAAUGUGUAUGCCACUCUUGCAAUGUGGCUGGAUCUGCUGGCUUUUUAUUAUUAUUAUUAGGAGAGAAAAUUAAAGGGAUUUUAAAGUGUUAGGAAUACAAAGUUUUAUUCCUUUCACUAUAGGUCCCUCCUGCCACUCGCUCCCCCCUCUCCCCGCCUCACGGGGCUAAUGCACAUGCGCUGUGAGAGCACUAGGCACUUCCCAUAAGAAAGCAUUGCGUUAAUGCAUUCCUAUGGGGUUUUUACUGGUGCUUGACAUCCAACUUUAGUUAGACGACCAAAAGUCGGUAAGCCACCAGGAAGUGCCUCAAGAGCCAGUCUUAGACCUGCAAUGUAAUAAUUGUAGGUUUUUUAUAAAACUGCAAUGAUUUAUAUUUCAGGACUAAGAGGGACAGGGGCACUGCACCCAGACCACAUCAAUGAGAUAGAGUGGUCUGGUUGACUAUAGUGUAUCUUUAAUAUCACUGAUGGCUAAUGUUGCCAUUUCGGAAGUUUCUGACUUGACAUUUUCGUAAUGCACAGCCAGCCAUAUGCUUAAUUAUUCCCCAGUCUUGGCAGAUCUAACAUAACUUCAUUCUACACCCUUGUCAUUAUUGCAUUAGCCAUUAUUGUUCGUAAAAUACCAUUCCCAUUUUGUAAUGUUUCAAUGUGGGUGCCAUAUCGUCUACUGCCUGCCCAAUAGCCUUUAUGUUCUGCCUUUUGUAUUGUCUAAUAUUUAGUUCUUACUCUCUAUGCAAAACACAGCACUUGAGAGAGUUAAAUAAUGUUAAAUAAUAAUAGACAAGUCUGGUAAAAAUUUACCUUUAGAAACACAUCCUUAAAGGGUCACUUUAAGUACCAGAACCAGUUUGGUGUUUUGAAGUGGUCAUGGUGCACACGCACACAGUAUUUAUUCAUGAGAAAACAAAACUAUGGAUCUUUGUUUCCACCUGCUGGACUACAGGGCAGUUGAUUUUAUUAGCCUUUUUGGGGUAUUUCCCAUCAGCUGUUACUCCCUUUGACAGAAUGGAACUGGCAUUUUACAAUGCCCUAUAGACGCCUAAGGUAUCUCCUUGAACAUUCCCAAUAAUAGCAAAGGUCUAACAGGGAUCCUCUUAAGUCCCCAAUUUUGUACUCCCAUUCAUGAUGACCCUGAAUCAGAAGAUAACAGCUCCAAGAAAGCUUUAGUUAAGUAUAUUUCCCAUCCUCCUCUCCCUCCAGGAACCAGUGUGCCAAAGGAUAUGUCACUUUGUGGGUGUCUUUUGCAAAAAAAUGCAAAGACUUUACAUGUGACGGUGCCACUAAAGUGCUUCCUAUUUAGCAUAAUAAUGUAUUAAAGGACCACUAUAGUUGUUUUCCUGGCACUAUAGUGCCCUGAGGGUGCCCCCACCCUCAGGGUCCCCCUCCCGCCGGGCUGGAUGGAGAGGAAGGGGUUAAACUUACCUCUUUCUCCAGCGCCGGGUGGGGAGCUACUCUCCUCCCUUUUCUCCUCCUCUUCGGCUGAAUGCGCAUUCAGCCAGUCCAUAGGAAAGCAUUCACAAUGCUUUCCUAUGGACGCUGGCGUCUUCUCACUGUGAUUUUCACAGUGAGAAACGCAGAAGCCCUCUAGCGGCUGUCAAUGAGACAGCCACUAGAGGCUGGAUUAACCCUAACAUAAACAUAGCAGUUUCUCUGAAACUGCUAUGUUUAUAGAAAAAAGGGUUAACUCUAGAUGGACCAGGCACCCAGACCACCUCAUUAAGCUGAAGUGGUCUGGGUGCCUAUAGUGGUCCUUUAAUCAUGUUUCCAAGUGUUUACACUUUACACUUCCUUCCCUUAUCAAUAGCAGGCAUGGUUAACAAGAUUCAGGUCACAUUGACAGAAAGUGCAGUCUCUUUGCUGUUUGUUAUUUACACAUAUACAUUGCACAUACACAUUGACCUGCUUUAAGGUACUUAUGGGAACUGCAUAGAGUUUCAGUAGUCGACACCCCUACCUCUAACCACAUUCAUGUUUAUUAUAUAAAAAACAGUGCACACAGUAUUUAUUCAUGAGAAAACAAAACUAUGGAUCUUUGUUUCCACCUGCUGGAAUACAGGGCAGUUGAUUUUAUUAUUCCUAAUAAUGUACUUGGUCACUAUUGAAAUGUGCUGGUAAAUGGCACCUUAUUCAUAUUUUUCAUUUAUCAACUGUUUUUACAUAUUUUCUCCAAAUAGUCUGAUUUUUAUCUCAAGAUCUCCCCCAACCCAUUUUAUAGCCUCAGUCAUGGGUAUCACACCCAGAAAAUGUAGUAGGGCCAUGAUUAAUGGUUGACCCAGAGAAAACACCAACUUGCAAAUUGGUAGCUCUUUUUAGUAAAAAGAGGGAAUUGGGGGCAACCCCAGAACAUGCAAUUCUAAGCACUGGUGCUGCCGUAGCGACCAGAAUGUAUACAAAAUACAGAUUAAGCAACAGCACACACAAAAAAUACAGUUUACAUUUUACAAGGCUACUUAAAAUCACUUAUCUCAGCAAACAAAUAUGGGGAUUAUCGUGACAACACCCCGGUGUUAAUUCCCCAUUGUAUCAUGGCGUAUUGGUGGGCUUAACACAAUGUGGCCAUAUGGUGGAACUGAAUCCCUAUAUUUGUUUGCCAAGAUAGGUGGUUUCAAGUAGCCUUAUAAAAUUGUAAAACUGUAUUUUAGUGUGCGCGCUGUUCCUUAAUCUGUAUUUUGUAUUAAAAAGUAGCCAUUCCUGUGACAAAACAAAUUAUGCAAAACUUCUCUAAAUAUACUUUACUAUUAUUGAUUACUUGUAUCCUUUAAAUUAAUAAUGUGGGUUUAUGUGAAACCCACAGAACAAAUUGUAUUUAAUAUUUAGAAUGGAAGCAGCUUGCCAGCACUUAUCUAUGCGGUUAUUACCAUAACAAAAAUAAAAACACAUUUGUGCGAGAUCGUAACGAUUGUAAAUGUGCUGAACAUCCAAAAAAAUCUGACUGAAUCUUGAAGUGUCUCAUCUUAGCUCAGAUGUCUCUUUUUAGUUUAAUACAAUUUUUUGGCAGCAGAUGUCCAGGCUGUCCUAAUAUUUUUGUAUUUAUUCUGUAAUUCUGACAUUUAUCACAAAUUAAUCAUACCUUUAAAGAUGUACUUGGUGUCACUCUAAGCAUCAAAGUCAAAGUAACUCCAGGGAUAAUGAACUUUGGAACAUGUAGCUCCACACUCCCACCUAUCAAUCAAACAGCUCCAUGAUAUGUCUUCCUGCCCACGAGGGUCAGUUUUGACCAAGUUGUGCCUUCUUUUUUUAAUGCAUAAUGCAUUACAGAAUAAGCUGUCAUUUUGACCGUGUUGUCCCCCUUUAGUGAAAAAGCUUAAACAUUUUGCUGUAUUUAAUAUUAAUAUUGAGAAAGCUGAAACUAACAUUACUACAUGUGGCUGUUACAGAUUAUCAGAGUCAGGAAGGGAUGCUCUCUCCAUCAUCUCUGCAGCAGCAUGCUGUCACAUUGCCAACAAAUACAAAAUAUUGUAAAAUAUGGGCUGAGCACUACAGUCUACAUUUUUUUUGUUACACCCAUAGCAAGGCCCAGACUGGCCAUCAGGCAAACUGGGAAAAUGCCUACUGGGCACAAUGGUCAUGGAUGAGUUCACACUGGGCAAGGUCCAAGCCAGACCUGUUUGGAAGGCUGAAAUAUUACUGGGCAAACACAGAUUUAGCAUUUUCUCUGUGGCCAAUUGUUGGAAUCAAUAUGUAGGUUUGUAGAGGCCUCUGCUGCUUCAUACACUUACUCUGAUAAUUAACUUCCAAUGAAAACUUCAGAAAGCAACACGGGCUUCUACAGUCUCACACAUUCCAGUAUGAGCUUAGACAUGCUGUUCUGCACCAAAUGAUGCCCAGGAUGGUUAAAUGGUUGUUGCCAUAACAUGCAUUUGUUGUGAGUGCCACUGAAUAAAACAACAAUGUAGAAUCCAAACACCACAGCAGGCACACAGCCAGGGAGGGCAACAAGGCACUUGCCGAUAUUACUGAAGUCUUAGUUUGUCAAUGCAAAAUAUAGUAAAUUAGUAAGUGAAUCAUAGGCAGGACUGGCACCAUAAGUUUAGAAAUUGCCUUUCCUUGUUGCCAGCAUCUGAAUGAUUUGGGGCUAGGGCUGCAACUACUUUAAUUUAUGUGUCUGGCCACACACACUAGUAGCUACCCCUACUGAUUCCCAUUAUCAGCAGUUGGCUGCAGUGCAGUGUAGUGCAUUCCCUCACCAACUAAACUUUGCGGAGGCCACCAGACCAUACUCUCAUGCUGUGUGUUCUAUGACUUUGUAGCGGCAAGUGUCACUUAUUAGUUAAAUGUCAAGCAGAGAGUACUCAUUUUUGUGUCAUGGCAAUAAAUGAAAGCCCAUUUGUCAGAGUGGUAAUUGGAGCUAAUUACAUUCUUGCCAACAAAACUCAUGUUCUCACACCUUCCCUGCAUGUGACCUAUACAGUCUCCCUACACGUAUCUGUAAAGAGAGAUCUACUGUUUAAAUGUCCUUUAUUACACAGUGUGUUCAUUUUUUAAUUUCUUACCUCCUACUAAAGUCUGCAGAUGCCUCCUCAAUUAAAGUUCAAUUUACAGAGCAGGAGAUAUCUUCGAAAGUAAACACACUGCACUUGAAAAUAAAACCAUUUUUUCAUGUAGGCUUUGUGAGCCACCAAGAGAGGUGGGACUAGGGCUGCAUAAACAGAAAUAAAAGUGAUAAAUGGCAGAAAAUUGAACUGUGAGACUGCAGGAGCAUGGUGUAAACACCCAAACUGCUUAAUUAAGCUAAAGUUUUAGCCCACUCCAAACAGACCUGCGCUGGCUCAUUCCUGCUCCAGCUACCCUGGAGAGUGAGACUGCACUAGUAAUAAAAUACAUACUACAUAUAUUCAUAUUCAUUCUCACACAUAGUCAAAGACACAUUAUACACACAUAUACUGUACACAUGCAGUCACAUACACCCAGACAUAUACAUUUGCACAAAUAUGCACACAAUUUACAUACCUGUAAGGGGCAUGUUAAACUAAUGGAGCACUUUUAUUUUCAGAGUGAGUUCUGCAAGGGCAACAAAAAUGUUACAUACAAAAAUGUUACAAACAUUACUGUUUAUUACUACUAAAUGUAGCAGAUAGAAACAAACCAAUUCAAAGGUAUAAUAAAGUAUUUUCAAAUUGUGCAUAGUCACUAACACCAAGCCCUUAUUAACAAUGGCUUUUCAAAUCUGCCAGCUUGCGAAACUGAAAAUAGAGAUGGAGUCACUGGCUUUGGAGUACAAGUCAUGUAAAGACACGCUGCAGCUCUGCCGGGAGAAUCUAAAGGGAAUUCCCAAGCAGAAACCAAAGGUACGAGAUUUGUGAAAGAAAUGACGAAAGAUUGGAAAUUAUCCACCGAAAAUAAAAUAGUUUACAUGGUUUAAUACAUAGGGCCUUUUUUACAUCUCAUUUUGUGAUUCAAAGAACUAGAACAAUCAGAUAUCUAAUAGUGACAUUAUGUAAAUUAGCAUGUGGGUGGAAACAUUAUGGUAAAAGAAUCAUGGGAGACAAUGAUGGGAGACAAUGAUGGGGAACUACUGGUGGUUUACCCAUGCCUCAGGGAAUGAGGCUUUAUUAUUGGUACAACUUACAGUACAGACCAUGUGAGUAAAGUGUCCCAGGUUCAGACCCUCUUAAGUGGUAAAUGCUUCCCUCCUCACCACCUCUCCCCAACCUGAGAUGAAGCUUUGGCUAAAUAGAUUCAAUUUAACUGGCGAGUUAAUGUACAAAGGGAGCUGUAUCCAUUGCAAUGUUGUAAGUUGUAUGUGGUGCAAGACUGCCACUUAAAGAGACUCUAUAGGCACCCAGAUCACUUCAUCUCAUUGAAGUGGUAUGGCUGCCAUGGCCCUGUAAUAUUAACUCUAAAUCUGAAAACAUUGCUGUUUACAUAGCAGGGCUAAUAUGAUUCUAGUGGUGGUCUCCCUAACAACCACAUGAGAGUUAAAUUUGGCUAUUCAAUCAGAUGGUCUCAUAUAGACCACUUAAUUGGUGCAUCAUGUGGAUUUGCCGCGCAUGCUCACUAGACUCCUAGUGUUUUCCUGGGGGGAAACAUUGGAUUGGCUGAGAUCAUCUACACAGAUGAACUCCGGCAAAGAGGCUUAGUAUAGCAUUAUGAAUACAUGUUUGUAUUCCUGACGCUAUAUACUGUUUCAUUAAGCUAGCUCAUAUUAUCAGUUAAUAUACAUUAAAAGUAGAGAUAUUAAGUCAAUAACCACUAUAAUGAUGACAAAAAUGACUAUAUAAAAGUUGUGACUAUUUCUGAGAUACAUGGAAGGUGAAAUGUAAUUUCACAACAUUUCUUAAUCCAAAGGUAAUAUGUUCCCAUUGGAUACUAAUCAUUUUUUUUUUUUUUUUCUUCUUCUUUCCAGAGUGGUACGUCUUGCUGGGCCUCGGUUCUGGUACUUUUUGUGGCAGUCCUCACCAUGAUUAUUAUCUCUGCCAACAUGGAAUAUUUGAUAGACUAAGAUCUUACUACCUCAAGAUUUCAUACUGACUGAAUCGGCUGUUUGAGCAUUUGUAGUUGUUUAUUUUAUAAUAUAUCUAAGUUUGAUACAAAAUAACAAAAACACAAAAAUAUAUA